AUGAGCGGUGAUGUUCAGAACAGCGACUUGCUGAAGGAACCAGCCAACAAAGCCAAAGUGAAAGAUAGUCUUUAAGUAAGACUGUAGUAUUUCACAAACAUAUAAUUAACAAUAAGGUGCAUGGUAUUCUUGAAGGCAGUUAAUUGCAUUGCAAAUAUCACCCUGUCAGAUCACAUUUGGUAGCUGAGCCUUAAUGUAGCUAGCUGCAUGGACUUAAAUAGCAAUUGUGUUUUUCUUGAGGAUGUUGAAGCAUUGUGUAAUCGUUUUGGUAGUUUGAAAGGAUGUUUGCCAUUUGAUUUCACCUCAAAUGUAAAGAAUUCAGUGUUCUUAGAGGAAGUACAGUGGGUUACAUAAUAGAGCAAAUUGCAAACUCUUUCUUUGACAGACCAAAUGCUUAUUGUGCUCCACAUCUGAAAAUCUUUUGCAUCACCCCACUUAAAACAUGGUCACAAAUAACUUAGCAUUGUUGUGCCCUAUGAGAAUGUAACUUUCUUGAGUGUUGCUUUAAAUUUAGGUUGCACUCAGAGGUCUAGGAUGGGGUAGUGAAGGAAAGUAAUAAUCUUUUCCAUUUUCUUUUUGUUAAAUCUAGGAGUAUGCCAUGGAAGAUAAUGUUCACUACUUAAUAAGUGGUGACUAGUCUUGAGGUUCUAUAAUGCUUUGUCUUUCAGACAAACUAUCUUUUUCCUGAUCCCUUUCAUUUUUCACCCCAUUGGGGAUGUUUGAAAAUUAGCAUAAGUAUUCUGUCUCACUGCAGUGGAACAAUCCAGUCCAUCUUGUUCAUUGAGAAAGGUGAGUCAGACAUUUUAAGGCCUAGGGCUUUGCUGGCUCAGCUAAAUACCCUACUUGAUAAAUUCCCACAGCAAAUUACACAGUUUUUCUGUGCCUCAGUUGAGGAAAGACAUACCAAGCUCCUCAGGUACUGUGGUUAAUAUGGGUUGGAUAAAUUAUUAUAUUUUAUAUUUAUAUUAUACCCUGCCUUUUUCCCAGACAAGACUCAAUAAAUAGCAUGGAUAGGCUAACAUAUCUUGAAAUUAAGGUCAUAAUAAUAAUAAUUUAUAUGCCACCCAUCUGACUGGGUUGCUCCAGCCACUCUGGGCGGGUUCCAGUGAAUUAAAACAUCAAACACAGUAAAACAUCAAACAUUUAAAACUUCUCUAUACAGUACUAUGUAAGAACAGAAGAAUAGUCCUGUUGGAUCAGAACAGAAGUUUAUCUAGCCCAGAACUCUGUUCUUACAGUUGCCAGCCAGAUGUACAUGAAAAGUCCAUAUGCAUGACAUGAGCACAAAGGCCCACUACCCACUCAUAUUCUCAAGUAACUGGUAUUCAGAGGCAUUGCACCUCUAAUCCUUGAGUCUUUUAUCUCUCUCCUGCCUUCUUUGGCAAUUAACCCUCAGCAAUUACAGCAAUUAACCUUCAGCAAAAGUCUGUUUGGUCUUUCUUCAUAUAUUCUCACAUAUAUAACUAAACACACACACAAUGGUAAUAGCAUGUGAUAAAAAGGUUAGAUAGUUCAAUGUACCGUAUUUUUCGCUCUAUAACACGCACCCGACCAUAACACGCACGUAGUUUUUAGAGGAGGAAAACAAGAAAAAAAAUAUUCUAAACGAAAUAGUGGAUGUAUGAUUUUGUGGUUCAUGCUGUGGCCACAGACAUGUGAUCUGACAGUGAGUUUGGAGUAGCCCAAUGCAAAAAUCCUGAGGAUCCAUGUGGAUCCAUGCUUUGUAACCAUGUUUUUGCACCACUGCGGCCCCAGGCAACCAUGGGUGCGUGAUUUUUUUGGUGCAAGAUGUAGCCAUGGACAUGCUAUGUGAUCUGAUGGUGAAUUUGGGGUGACCCAGUGCAAAAAUCCUGAGGAUCUAUGUGGAUCCGUGCUUUGUAACCACCUUUUAAGUGGGGAGGGAAGGAAAAGCACUCAAGGGACAAGGAGCACGCGUAGGGUGUGUAGAGAAGGAUGCUGCUAAUAAUGCAGGAGAGGGGUAUAAGGGGAGAAGGCUCCUCUCCUCUCCCACUUUGCUCCUUUAAAGCAAGCAGGCUCUGCUUUUCUCCCUCCUCCCCGCUCAUCCCCGGCUUAGCGAGCUGAAAAACUUUGCUGCUAUGUAGCGAGCUGAGUGGGGAGGAGGGACAGAAAGCCUGCUUGCUUUAAAGGAACCAACCGGACAGGAGCCGCUUACACUCGUGUAAGCGGCUCCCCUCCUCUCCCGCUUUGCUCCUUUAAAGAAGCAGGCUCUCUGUCCCUCUCUCCUCCCCACUCAGCGGCUCUUCUCCUGCUUUGCUGUUUCAAAGUGAGCCACAGAGGAGGGAAGGAAGGGGAACCAUGGAUCCUCUGCUCACAACUGCAGCAGAUCCCCCCCCCCCCGCCACCCGUAGGCAUUCCCUCCAUAACACGCACAGACAUUUCCCCCUACUUUCUAGGAGGAAAAAAGUGAGUGUUAUGGUGCAAAAAAUACAGUAUGUACAUUAUCCCUGUAGGAAUGCGAGUGGCGUUGUGGUCUAAACCACUGAGUCUCUUGGGCUUGCUGAUUAGAAGGUUGGCAGUUUGAAUCCGCGCAAUAGAGUGAGGUCCCAUUGCUCUGUCCCAGCUUCUGCCAACCUAGCAGUUGGAAAGCAUGCCAGUACAAGUAGAUAAAUAGGUACCGCUGUGACAGGAAAGUAAACACUGUUUCCAUGUGCUCUGGCGUCCAUCACGGUGUCCCAUUGCACCAGAAGUGGUUUAGUCAUGCUGGCCACAUUACCCAGAAAGCUGUCUGUGCUGGCUCCCUCAGCCUGAAGUGAGAUGAGCUCCUCACCCCAUAGUUGCCUUUGACUGGAUUUAACCAUCCAGGAAUCCUUUACCUUUACCUUACAUUAUUCAUAACAACAAUCCUGUAAGGUAGAUUAGUACUGCAGAGAGGAGAAGAAUUUAGUAGACUUAAGCAAGCCACUGUUCUAUCAAAUGAGUGCACAACUUAGAUGAGAUUUAAACCACCUUGCCUUCUUAGCAAUGACCCCACCCCACCUCCACCAGCUCUAUUAAGUAAACAUGACAUGGGAAGCCUAGGCUAUUUCCAUAACUAAAGGUGACUUUUCCCCUUUGGGUAAAUGAUAGUUUAACUGGAAUCUUUCUGAAUUCUGGGCCUCUGAGAGCACUAACCACAGCAUCAAUUGUGACAACACAUUUUAUGAUGUAGUGAUGUUGACCAUCACUAGGCUGAGAUCACCAAGUUAUUGGCCACAAACUAUCAAACAGUAACAUUCCCCAAGUGCCUUCUGAGCUCUGCUGACUGGAAUUGGGUCAGAAGCCAUGGAAGAUGGGCUCUGUGGCUUCCUGCCAGUUCUUCUGGUCACCCAACACGUGAGCAACCCGUUUUGAUAAGGUAAGAGGCACGUUAUGGCUCUGUCCUCUCUAACUCCACCAUCCUCAAGUUUGAAAAAUCCUUGGUUUGGCAUUAGAGCUGUGAAACUACCUAUAGACAAGCAACUGAUUCUCCUAAGACCUUUGGACUGUUCAGAUGUUCUGCCUGCAUACAUCUACUGACUACAUGGGGAAGUAGGGCCACAUCCUCAGUUGCUGGCUAUGUCUCAGUGGUCAUAUAUUUGCUGCGGAGCCCCUCUGUGUAUACAGUGCAGGUGUGGGGCCCUCAUUAACACAGAGAAGAGUGGUUAGUAUAUAUGGACAGGAGAUGAACGAAAUGUAAGCAGUUCUGAUCCUCCCCACAGUGGCCAACCAGAUGCCUGUGGGAAACUAGGGAGCAGAACACGAGCGCAGGAGCACUCUCCCUUCCUGUGGUUUCCAGCAAGUUAACAUGCCAGCAAGCCCUCCCAUCUAUAUUCCUCAGGUCAGGAAGGCUGACACUUUAGCAAUGAAUCUGCUCAGCUUGGAAGCUUACAGAAGAGCUGGAGGUUCUGCCCAUUCCUGGUACUGAUCCAGACAAAUGCUUCCAAGCACUCCCCUCUUGUCCUGAGAAGCCUCACAUGCAGCCAGCCAGCGGUGUAUCUGAAGCUUCUGCCUGGCUCACCAUCUCCUUUGCUUCUGUGAGUCUGGGGUAGAUGGAAGAGGGUCUGGGAGCCAGUCAGAAUCCCAAGGGCCUGAGGCAGGGACCUCCAGCCCUUAGGCAGGGAUAUGCAGAUCCAACAGAUCUUCAGGGUUAUUGGCAGUAGAGAUCUGCUGAGGGGGUGGGGUCCUGUUGCCUUGGUCUGGGGAGGGCUGAACCUUGACAAUACCAUGUCAAAUCACCAUCUUCCCUUGCCCUUGUUUGGUCCUUUUGCUUUGCUUUGUAUUUUAGGAUCUGAUGGUCCAGCAAAGGAGCACAGAAAGUGAUUCUUAAGGUUCACCUUCCUUCUACCCCUGCAGUGAAAGAUUAUCAUCUUUGGGGUUGCUAGGUGGAGGUGUUCUGAAAGGGAGGCUGACUGAACUAAGUGGCAUGUUGGCUGGCUGCUGAUUGGACAGUGGCUACCCUUUUGAAGUCUCAUGCCUCGCUUGCUAUCAGAUCCUAUGCCUUUCAGCUGGAAGCUGGGCAACUGAAAUCAGACUAUUGUUGCAUGUGGUUGGGUUGCACUGAAGGAGAGCUCUAGGUACUCAUGAAUGAGAUGAGGGGAAAGUGAGAAGGCACAGGGGAAAGGAAUAUUUUGUGGAAAUUAAAGAGGAAUUGAUUUAGAGGGGAUUAUUAUUAUUAAUUAAUUAAAUUGUAUACAAUCCUUCAUCCAGGAAUCACAGACCUGCUUACAAUAUAUUUAAAAAAUUCAGAAUAUAGUAAUAAACAAAGACAAUAACCCCACAGUUCAAAAGGCUACAGAUUGUUUAAUGAGCCAAAGGCCAAAUAGGAAUGUUUUUGCCUGGCGCCUAAAAAUAUGUAGAUGGAGAGCCUCCCUGCAGAGGGCAUUCCACAAGUGGGGAGCCAUUGCAGAAAAGGUCCAUUUUUAUGUUGCUACCCUCCAGACCUCGUGGAGGAGGCACAUGAAGAAGGACAUCAGACUGUGAUCUCAGGGUGCAGAUCAGUUCAUAUGGGGGAAAGCGAUCCUUGAGGUAUUGCAGCCCUGAGUCAUUUAACGCUUUAUAGGUCAAAACCAGCACUUUGAAUUAGGCCCAGAAACUAAUUGGCAGCCUGUUCAGUUGGGCCAGGAUUGGUAUUAUAUGCUCAAACCAUCUUGCCCCAGUGAGCAACCUAGCUACUGAAUUCUACACCAACUGACAUUUCUGAACCAUUUUCAGAGGCAGCCCACGUAUCACAUGUUGCAGUAAUUUAACUUAGAGGAAUCUGAUGGCCAAUGAAUUUUUGAGGAGAGAAGAAUUUUGGGUAGAGGGGAUUAUUUGUGGGCUUUAUUGAGCAUAAGGUUCCACCUCCGCCUUGUACUCAGCUUGUGGUCUUCGACAAGCCACUUGUCCCAGUCUAGAGCAGCUUCCUGGUUCAUGGUCAUGCCCAUUGACGUGCCUCUGGAAAGCUUACAAGGGCAACUGCAUUCUCUGCUGUUUGUCCCCAGCACCUGGUAUUUAGAGUCAUACUGCUUCUGAAGAGGGAAGUUCCUGUUGCUUAUCCUGUAAGAGAUGGUUGGUUUCCUUGAGUGGAGGCUAGGAUGGCUUUAGGCAGAUGCAGCCAGUGGCAGACUUUGGUAAUCUUUCAUAUUAUGGCAUCCUGUGUGAGGCCAAAAUUUAGCACCCUGAAAUGGAUCUUCUUAAUGAUGGAUCUUCUCAAUUUUACACUCCCUCAGCUCAGCACCCUGUGUGACAGAACCACUUGCAUCUGUUGCAGCCAAGGGACACUGUGGGUGGGAGGGACUUGCAGUGUGGGUGGGGGAUGUAGCAGCCUUGGUUUGGGGAGAUACUAGUGCUCUUGCUAACAUAUAUAAUGGUAUUAAGAUCUAUAAAUUGCAGAGGGUCAGUUUAGUUUCUCCCCAUACAAAUUGUGAAAUUUCUCCCUAAGGCCACCUGCAAAUGUAUCGUGACAGUGCCCGAAGUGCUGUGUCAUGGAUGGCAAUGCUCAGACCGGCUGAGGCAGACAGUGCCAUUCUUUUACUUUGCACUAAAGAAAGAAAGGGAUGGUAGUGCCAUUUAGAAGGUCUUUCUUAACUGGAAAUGGAAAGACUUGGAUGUUUUGUUCAGUAAACAAGAAAGUGUACUUUCUCUGCCAAAUACCUGGAUUUCCGCCCAUAGUUCAACAAAGGCUCUCCUGUUUGGAUACAAUGUCUCUUUUCUAUGGCACUUUGGGUGUAAAAGAUGCUCUGAGAGAGGUGUGCAAGAUCUGCAAAACAUUAUUUUGAAAAUAACAAGAUGAACACCUUAUUUUUGUGGCCCAAGCAUUCAUGGUCUACAGUCUAGUUCAUCAGGUGUUUGAAGUGUGAAUCUGAGCUACAAGUGUAUAGUAUAUAUGUGUGAUGCAUGCAGUUGUGUGCAUUUGUGUGUGGUUUGGAAGGGGGAAAUUACAUGCAGAAAAGUACAGGUGUACAUAAUUAACGUUAUUAACAGUGGCCAUUCACACAUAGAAAGACAGUAGGUGAUAGCACAGACUUCCCUGCAGUGAUAAGCCAAUUGACUCAUGUAGCACGAUAAAAAUCCUUUGUCCCCAUUCAGUCCACAGGUGAUAGCUUUGAACCUCUUGAAGAACUGUAAUUCAGUGGUUUCAUUUGCAAGUCUCUAUUCAUACUUUUCCUAAUCAUGAGGAUUAAGGCUAGGCAAACACUCUUCUGCAGGCUAAAUGACCCUUCCUGCUUGUGAUCAUUCUGCCUGUGUUUUGACCUUAGCUGAAAUCAUUUUUGUGAUGUCACAAUAUUUUAGAUUGCUUUGUCAUUGUGUUGACAUGAAGCUGAAUGGAUGAGGCAGAAAACCUCUGUACAUUCUAGUGUAUCAAGUACCAAUAGGAAUGCAAAAGAAAGGUGGAAUUAGAAGUGAUUCAAUAAGUUAUAAAACAAGAAUGGAGAAAAAUUGGUGGCCACACUCACCUUUUAGUUAUUUCAUAGACGAAAGCCAUGGUGGUGGUGGUGACUGUUGAGGUCUCUUAGAUGGUCAGCCGGUGAUGCUUUGUAAGAUCUGACUUUAUGCGCUAAUGAAUGUCUGGAUAAAGGUCAACAUUUCAAUGUUACUGGAAUCCACUUCACUUAUGUUUUUAAUAUUUCCUUUGCAAUACCUCUAUGAAGUGUUGAAGACCUAUGAGACCCAUUCUUCAGACUGGAAGUCAUCAAAGAGCAGAAAGUCAUUCCUUUCUAGAGUAAGCAGAGGGUAGCCAAUUAUAAUCUAACAUCCUUUGGAGACUUGCUAAAACCUGGGCAUUUUGGAGGGGCUCUUUGGCUGGCUUUUGAGAAUCAUUAGAAUCUGUGCAGAUCAGCUGAGGAGGGAGCUUAUUCCCCAUCUCCACUCAUCAAAUGACUGAUAUCCCAGGAAGUGCCUCUAUCCAUCCCAGCACUGUGUCUAUUGCUAAAAAAGAAAAGAAAAGGAAUUGUUGCUACUGCCAAAACCAGUGAUAUCUUGGAGGGGUGAAAGAACAAGUUUCUGGAGAAGCAGAUUAAGCUCUCAAACUUCAAUAUCACACUAGUUUAACCACCGGCUUCUAUAAAAUGGAGCAUCUACUGUUGCUUUGAAAGAACCUUUUCCACUGAUCCCACCCUGAUGGAACUGGAAACCUUAGCUACAGGGUCAGGAUGCUGUACUAAGCCUUACAUUGGGCUAGUAAGAAACCAUAGGACUUAAUUGAUGCAUUCAGCAUACUAACAAUGAAAGAGAUUACACACUAUCAAAGCCAACAAGCAGAUGUCUUGAAAGUAAAAGAUUCCAGUAAUUACUUUUAAGUCCAGAGAAUUGGUCUUUAUCUCCCUUCAUUCUGUUGGAUGCUACAUCCUAAUCCAUAUGAGUGAUACCUUGGGACUUGAUCUUUCAGGAUUUGGAAUAAGUACAUCUCAAGUGGGUGUUAAUUGGAAAGUCAAGUGCAGCCCUGUGGAUCCUUACCUGGAAGUAGGCCCCAUUGAACACAAUGGCACUUACUUCUGAAUAAACAUUCAUAGCCUUGUGCUCUUUGACUCAUCUGCAGAGCACUGCUUGUUCCCCUGCAUGGAAACAGCCACCAAACAUUUGUCCUCAGUCCGGUACAUGCUUAUGAUAUUGUAAAGAAACCUAAGCAUGAAUCUGAGACUUUCAAUGAUAUAGCCAGCAACAAUUUCCAUGGUUGCAGCAGCACAUUUUCCAUCCACCACACCCAUGGCUUUAUCACAGUCUUGCUACCUCUGAGUCUUUCUCUAUUAUGUAAUACAUUCUGAAAGAAUGACUUCGAUCACUCUGCAUUCCGUGGGAAAUUGCUAUGUCCAGAGAUCUGCGGAAGAGCUGGCUAUUGAUGCCACUAUUGAUGCUAUUUGUUGUUCAGGCAGAAAAAAGCAUAGCAUAAUAGAACCAGAUUUCUAAAACUGUUGACCUUCUUUUCUAGUUCUUCUGAAAUUCUGGCCUUCAAAAGUAACAAUGGGUACAGUUGCAUACCUGGCACCUCUGGCACUCUAUUCCUAAUCCUGGAAUAGGAACUAAUUGCCCCUAUUCAUCUGGAGAAACCCUGGUUGGGACAAGUAUGAAGGAGCAUGCUAAAAAUUCUUUCUAUUCCUGUGAUCCAUCUUGGAGGAGAUGCUUGGAAAAAGAAGAUAUGUGCUUCUUCCUCUAUUUAAAAAAAUGAACAUGGAUAUCAUUGUACUUUGCCAUUGGUUCUUUCUUUUGAUGCCUUAUAAAUGUGAAUAUCUACCUUGGAGAACUUUUUAAAAUUAAAAUUAAUCCCCUGCCUUUCUACAAGGCAGCUUAGAGCACCUAAACACACAGAGAAUUAUACAAAUCAUAAAUUCUUAUGUCUCAUUUAAGGUGAUAUAUUGGUUUCCUGUUAAUUGUGUGCCAGUUUCUUGAAUAACCUGGGUGCUCUUUACCUUCUGAGAUUAGGGUGGUGUGUUUGACUUUCACCUUGGUUUCUGCUGCUUUCCAAAUUGGUUCUGCCAUACCUGAACUUGGGACAAUUCUGUAGCCUAAAUGAGAGUCCUUUCUAAGCGUUGUACAAUGUUGAGGUUUUCUGCCUAAUAACUUUAGCCCACUUUUUUUUGGCAACAUUUUAUAGGUUGCUAGGGAGGUAACUUUGCACCUGUGGGAACCGUCUACUGAACUGAUGGGUCUGAUUUGGUGUAAGCUGGUAUGUGCAUGAGGCAUGUGCUUCCUACUGAUUCUGAACAGAUGCUUCAAAAUGUCAGGCAAAUGUGUUGCCUUGCACGGCACUUCAUUCUUCCAGUCCCCCCACCACAUCCCAGUACAUAAAGGGAAGUACUCUUCUCCCCACCCCGCAGUCUGAGAAAGUUCUAGGACAUCGAGUAAUCCUGACUUCAAAUAAUUAAGAGUAUAAUAAACUUGCAGACUUGUGCAGCGUGGGUUCAGCAAACAUGACAAGCUAAUGCAAAUCUGAAAAUCUCUUUAUUUUCACUCUUCACAAGAGAUUUGAAGAUGAUCUAGUCCGUUUGGAUACAUUAACAAAGCAGUUGAGACUGAACCAUAUAUUUAUAUUUAAAUUUAUAUCCCCUUUUUAUUUCUUUUUUAUUCUCUCUUAUUUUCGCUCUUCUUUAUCCUUUUUCUUUUUUUAGGUUAGACUGGUUUUUAUUGUUUCUUAUCUUACGUUGAAAACUUUCAAUUAAAAUAUUUUGAACACGCACACAUAGACAUUCUCUUCUUUUUAACCUCCUUUGUAUUUUGUGUUCCUUAAAACCUACCUAAAGCCGACCCUUUUCUUCUUUCCAUGUUAUAUUAGUUAUUCUAGUUUAACCUUUUUGGUUCUGCGUUGGGAUGUUAAAUCUAUUUUGUAAGUGUAUUUUGUAUCUACAGUAUAUUGUAAGCAGUAAAUCUAUUCUGUAAGUGCUAACGGUUCAAAACUAUGCAAGUCUACUAGGUCAGAAUGGCUUUUUUUCACCUAUUGAAACCUUCAUCCAUUAAAAUCAGGCACAGCUGCAGGACUUGGCAUAUUUGGACAACAGUCAUACCCCAGACAUGCUGGCAAGGCCUACUGAGUUUGACAUGACUUCCUUCUGCCAUGGGGCCCUUACCUGACACUGCUGCUCACCUGACACUGCUGCUUAUACUCACCAUUGCAUUGGGGCACAAUGCUGCACUUGCUCCCCUGAAGGGUGGCACUUCUGGACCAGUCUAAAAUUUCUCAAAAUGCAGUGUUUAACAUUGAUGUCAAGCAUUUUAUUUGGGGUAAUUUCAAAUUGUGGCUAGCUGUAAUGGAUCAGAGCUAAGCCGGUGCUUGGCUUCCAGAGGUGCUGCCAACAUCACCCUCCAGGGUUAGAAUAUUUGAGGUGUGGGGCUGGAUGCAGCAGUGCUAGGCAGGGGUCCAGACAACUUCACAGUGGCAACUCUGGAUGCGGCCCAGGUUGGCACCCGCAGGCCCAUUACUACUACCAAAUUGAGGGCCCACUCAGGCCCUGUCAGCUGUCUUAAUUAAAUUUCAGGAGCCUUUAAAAUGUCACAGUCAUUGCAAUCAGCCCAGGCUGUACUUUUGAAAUAGCCUUCUCUGCAGUGAUGAGCAACACAGGGAUGUUAGAAGUCUGCCCCUUAACUUUGAAAUUUGUAUCCUGAAGAGGUCCAUCACCAUGUCUGUGUGAAUUGCUCAGUUGAGAUCAAAGCCAUCUGCACAUAGAAAUGUGAUGCUGGUGCUUCUGAAAACUGUUUAGCCCUAUGCAUCUGAUAAUUAGAUGCUGAUUACCAACAUGUUUAAGGUGACACUUGGGAGUUCAACAUAUUUUUCCACCCCCACAGCUUUGAUUGACACUGAAUUCUUUAUUGCUUACUUGCUUUGCUUUUGCUUUUGUCCCUUUCACAUAAUUGUUACUUACAGUACAGAGGAACUGUGGUAACUGCAUUCUGGUUGAAAUACACAUAUUUUCCUUUUGACAAUAUUCAAGGCAGGCAAGAUUACAUGUGUGCUCCCUUCCUCCCCAGAACUUUGCCUGAUCUUAAAAAUAUCCCUGCAAUAGGUACGUGCUAACCAUUGACUGCCUAUAUAUAAAUACAGACUGGAAGCAUUUAAAAGAGGCUUUCUUACUUCGCUUGUAUUGGGCACCUAAGCACCAAGGUUUAAAUGUCACAUGUGGCUGAAUGUAAUUUUGCACAAUCAAUAAUUUUGUCAGCUCUGUUUCUAGCCUCUUGCUGGUUUCCAUAGAUACAGAUGGGAAGUGACAGGUUCUCAUUGUCUGUGUUGACCCCAUUGUAACCUUUUGCUCCUGGACUUCCUUAUUAGGGAAUAUGCUUACUUUGCUGUCUGAGUUCCCUCCACCACCGCCACCCCCCAUCUGUAUCAUGCUUAUUUUGAUUUUCCUUCAGAUUCAUCCAGGACAAAAGCACUAGCUAAAUCUGCCCUUGCUUGUUUGCUACAGAAACUUUUGGACUGACAUCUGGUGUCACUAUGUGGUUUGGAUACAGUGGUAGGGCACAGUUGUAACUCCUAUAGUGCUGUCACCUUGAUAAUGACUCCUGUUACAAAAUUGUGUUAGAAUUGUAAUGGCACAGUCGGUUACCUCUGUUACAUUCCAGCUAUACCAUUAAUGUAUGGAACCCACAAUUCUGUUGCCGUGCUCACCAUGAUGAGUGUUCUAUCAACCUCUAAGAAGCCUAUGGAGAAGAACCCCAGACUAUCUCUCUAGUUCCAAGCUUUAAUCUUUGCAUGCAAUUAAUAUAUAUUGAUUUGUUGAAGAAUAUAGAGCAUACCCCUAAGGGCUGCUGCAUACAAGUCUAUUUUUUCAUUCUUUGUUGGGAAAAACUUUACCCAAGCUAUGUGGCAAAUUCAUCCCUGUGUUGUCUACUACAUGUGCAUGCAGAAGGUACACUUGUUGGGACAUGGCUUCCUGCCACAUGUAAGCACAGCUCUUUUGCUUGAUGCGUGGUGUGUUGUGGUAUGUACACAAAAACCAUGCAGCAUGCUUACACCAAAUGGAAUCCAGUGUAAAAAAGGAGGGAGAAGACUUUUAGUGUGUAAUUUUCAGUGUAAGCUGUAGAACUAACGAGAUGAAGUUUCAAGAAGGAAGGAGGGAUGGAGAAGUCCAGUCCUUUCCUUAUCCUGCUCACAACUAUCCCUCUCAUCCAUUCCCCCAACAGACAAGCUGGGCUCUCUUCAUAGAAGUGAUGGUGAGAAGGAGUGGGUUUAUCAUUCUUCUUCCACUCAUCCUCAACUCUCUCAUCCAUCACUGAGACCAUUGCCUCAGGUAUAUAAAGAGUCGUGGCAAAGUCUGUUAUUCCAAACCAUGCCCUUCACCCUGUUAUCCCAAACUGAAAAAGAGACCUCUUGAUCCCGAGAAGGAGGUAAAUAAUGUUCCCACACAUACAUUACCAAGACAACUUUUGUUAUUAGUAAGGAUAUAAAUACAUACGCAUAAAUACCGGUACAUAUCAGCUAUAUUUUGAAAUGACUGAGGAGGAAUAGCCUCCCCUCCUGCCAAACCUGGGGUUUGAAAGUGAAGGAAAAGAUGUCCCAUGUUUUAUAUAUGAAGUGGUUUACUUUGGGACAUCACUGAAGUGUGUGUGGAGGUGUUUAAACCCGUUUCCUACUCAUGGUAGCACCACUUAAUAAUUCAGCUUCUUGUUUGGGGAUGGGUUUCAGUUUUGUGAUAGUACAAAAGUGUUAUGUGAUCUUAGCAACUGGCUUACAUGCAGACACAGACGCACAUGCAGCCCAUCAAGUUUGGUGGGUGUGGUAGAGUGAAGUGCCUGCAGAGUUCUGGUCCUUUCCCCAACCCCACUUCAAAAUGAUUUUAAUUCUAUGGAUGGUCAUCUCUGAUGGGUUCUAUAGUUGCAUCCUGCACUGCAGAUUCUGGAUUGGAGUCUGUGUGUGGUGGUGGUGGUGGGGGUCAAAGAUCCUUUCAACUUUGUGAUGCUCAUUGCAUCUUCAUGUCCCUCACAUGCACCUGUUUCCAUCCCCCCCCACACUUAUUUCUGGAAUUUGCCUCCAUACAUAAGCAGCAUACCAUUUUUUUAAGGGGGUGAGAAUCUUCUUGACAUACUGACCAGAAUGAUGUUGUUGUUGUUUAGUCGUGUCUGACUCUUCGUGACCCCGUGGACCAGAGCACGCCAGGCACUUCUGUCUUCCACUGCCUCCCGCAGUUUGGUCAAAUUCAUGCUGGUAGCUUUGAGAACACUGUCCAACCAUCUCGUCCUCUGUUGUCCCCUUCUCCUUGUGCCCUCCAUCUUUCCCAACAUAAAGAUCUUUUCCAGGGAGUUUUCUCUUCUCAUGAGGUGGCCAGAGUAUUGGAGCCUCAGCUUCAGGAUCUGUCCUUCCAGUGAGCACUCAGGGCUGACCAGAAUAGAUAAUGGUAAUUUAAGAGAUCAUGUUCACAGUAGAGGAACAUGCAUAGAAACCUUAAUUACAGCACUGGAUACUUAAAGAGUACCCUUUGCUUGUAAAAACCCUCUUAGAUGCCAGUCUCUGUCCCCACCACCACCACCCUGGUCCACCACAUCAGUGUAGAAAAGGUAGCAGAGGAGGGAAACUGAUGAACAAGAGGGGUUGCAAUUUUGGAUGAAGUCUCCCAGGCUGGAUUUUCCUGAGUUUGGGGAAAUCCUUGGGAAAAGCCUGUGCUUUCCCCAAGAAUUCUAAAAGAGAGACUUGGAGAGACCUAACCCAUUCCAAAUCGAGGUGAGUGGAUAUUGCUAUUACUGCACUUGCUCAGUAUGCUGACCUCAGUGCCAGGGGAAAGGUUUCCUUUUUUUUUUUUUUUUUUUUUGGCAGUUGGUCCUGGGUCAGUGCACAAACAUUUAAGUGUUUGAAAAGCUGCCAACUAUAACCGAGGGGCAGUCCUGUUUGGGCUAUAUUUGCUCCUGCUGUGAAGCAAUUAUCCUUUCAUUGUCUCUUAAAGCCUCCACUGUUUUGCAAUGCUGUAUGACUUAAAACACUUAGCCAGCUUGGCUGUGCAGAGUGUCCUGGGGCUGGAGCACUGCAAUGCUCUCAGAAUAUUCCCCUAUCAGCUUUGCCAGCAAUGCAGUAAGUGAUUCAGCAGAACAGCUCCAGUGCAGAGAAGUACUGCAAGCAACUGGAUGAGUCUUUUCCUAUGUGUCCAUGCCCAGGAUCUCUUGGACCCCAGCAUGCUUGCAUUUGCUUGCAGUUUUAGUCAGCAGCCUUGCACGUUUUAAUUGUGCCUAAGCCCUAUUGAACUCAGUGGGCUGCCUUUGAAAUAAGCUUUCAUAGCAUCAGGCGGUUAGUGCUUACAUUUACACUUUUUUGUUUUAAACCCUGUUGGGAAACUUAGGCACAGGCCUUUCCCCAAUCAACUGUGUGAGCAAGACAGUGGACUCUUUAAAGGAGUUAAAGGGCCACUAUAAUGUUGCAGUCAAUGCUAUAACAGUAACUCUUUAAGAGUUCUAAUUGUCUGAGAGUCAGUGGUAAGUAGUGAUGCAUGUUGUGAUGGGAAGCUGUACACGUUUGUCUGGAAUAUGAGUCACACCUACCUGCAUGGGUUGGGAGCUAGAAAAUCCAUCAGCUGGGUGCAAGCAGCUUAGAUUUUGGUCGCCAAAAGCUGCAUUAAGGUUUUAGGGAACUCAUUAUACUUUAGAACCAACAUUUGCUGCUUUUAUAGCUACUGUACCCCAGACAACCUGCAGAAGCUAUAUCAUAGAAUCAUAGAAUUGAAGAGUUGGAAGGGAAUGUGAGGAUCAUCUAGGGCCAUGCCCUGCAAUGCAAGAAUAUACAGCUGUCCCAUAGUUGCAACCUUGAUCAAACCUGCAACCUUGCAACCAUGGCGUUAUCAGCACCACACUCUAACCAACUGAACUAGAAUUGUGAAUAUAUUAUAGCAAAAGCAGUGUGUGUUCUCUGCCAGUGUAAACUAAUCCUGUAAAGGCUCUCCAGAACAGCUUUCUGAAAGGAAGAACAUGAAACAAUCUGUAUGUAGAUUUUGAUUUGCAUGUCCAUAGAUGAUGUACUUAGUACUGUAACUUGCCAGCAUCUGGUAGUGGAGACUAGGAGAAAACUCAACCUACUCUAUUGCCUGCUGCUACAAAAAUUGCAGUGGUUCCAUAACAAAAACACAGCAGCAACAAAAUGGUGGCCAGUUUGGCAUUUGUAUGUGGCUGCCUCUCCAUGGUAAAAACUUCCCGUGUGGUCACAGGUUCAAAUCACUGAGAGAAGAACCACUCAAAACGAGCAUCUCUGGAUGAAUAACGACCAAUAGAAGAGUUUAUGGCCAAUCCAGUAAUCGGUUUUCUUGAAACGGGGACAGCAGUACAGCUCCCUCUUCUGGAAGAGCAGAGAAGACAGAAAUGUCUCAAGAGAACUAGUCUAGUGAACCUCUCAUAUAUUCUCCUGGGUGGGGGCUCAGAGCCCUCGUCACAGUAUUAUGCAGUGAUGAUCAAAGGGCCUUGUUUUAUGGCACAGCUCUGCUUACUUUUGAGAGGCCUUCCUGAGGUUUAUGAAAAUGAGACCCGCCACCCUCUCCUCAUAGUUUAACUUCUGCAUCAUGUUUUCUGUCCUCUAUGAUUCCUUAGCUUCAUAAACAGAGCUGGUACAAAAAGGAGACGGCAUCUUUUGGAACAAGAGAAAAUAGGCUGCCGUACAAGGAUCUCUGGCUUGCACUGUGCAGAACAUGGGGACUGGCCCUAGCUGGCACUUGAGCCUGUUUUCAGCUGACUCUGAGAGAAGCAUAGAGUGGGCAGUGUCUUGGACUACAACUCCUGCAUUAUUCACGAGGGAAAUCCACAGAGAGGGAGGGGAGGACCAAACAAGGAGAGUGUGCAAUAGAUGUUAAUACGUGGCCUGGUGUGCUCUCUCAUUUGCUGUGGCACUUGAAGGUUUGGUGGGCUUGAGAUAAUGAGCCUCUAUGUAAGCCACAGAGGAGGAGGGAUGGUGAGCAGAGAGUGAUUUUUUCCCUUCCCAGCAGCAUAUGCAUUACAUCUAUAUUUGAUCCUGGAAAAAGUCUGCUCGGUUUUCACAGCAUCUGAAGGCCAGAGGUCUGCUUCCUUGGAAACAGUAAGGAGCAGCAUUUUUCACCCACCUGAGCAGCUUGGAGGUUUCCUUGGCCGUCUUAGAAAUCAUGACUGAAUUAUUCCUUGCCUCGCCUGGAGGACCAUCACUUUUGGGAUAAAAGUGACUGAAAGACAAUUGAAUAGCCCUGGCAGGGAAGAGAGAAAGAGGAGGAGAAAUGGCUUAAUUGUGAAAGGUGACAAAGGUAGGCUGGUCUGCUGAUUUGAUACCAAAUUCUUUGAGAUGUAGAUUAGAUUUGAACAGGUGCUAUAAGAUGAAAUGGUGUAGAAGAGUAAGUGAGCAGUUGGUUGGUCCAGUACCUCUAUGCCAGCAUCCUCAGGAAGGGAGCACUGAAAUAUUGGGUUGUGGCCUCUCAUCCAGUCUAAACAAAAGAUUAGAGCUGGAGUUUUCUAAUGCAGCUGUGUCUUUAGCAUUGCUUGAGGAAACCAAAUGACAGCAUGAUUUCUGAUUUUGUUUUAUGGCAAUAGUUUCAUUUUAGCUCCUUUGCUUUUUCUGUGGUUGCUAGCAUUGCACUGUGCUCUAGCACUGUCAAUAAAAUUAAUCCAUAUGUGUCCCUCCCUCUCCCUCGUGUUCUUGUCCUUGAAUCUCUGGUUGAUUUAUUGCGUGUCUUCACAUGCACCUAUCUAAAUUCAAAGUUCUGCUGGCAGAUAGGGGAGAAAUGCAUUGGGCCUUUGUUAUCUGAUGGGGAAAGCAGAAAUAAUUUGAUUGUUGUGUGACUUUGAUUUUCCAGUCAUGGUAGAAAUGGCAAUAUAUCUUUAGAGGUACAGUGGUUAAAAUACUGAUUUAAGGGAACGCAGAUGCAAACCUCAGAACUAGAACACUUAUAGAAUCCCCCCCCCCCCCGGCUACAUUUUUAGAAUACAAUGCAAGAUGAGGUAUGGGGGCAGGGGAUUGUCCACUUUCCUCCUCUAUACCUGAAUACUUUGCUUUAAAAAGGAAGAUUUUACUGAACUCUGAAUAUGUUACCCUUCCUAUAAAAAAGAUAUGCAGCCUGGGCUCUCCCCACCCCCCAUAAUUAAAAAACACUCAGAGCUGAUGGGAGUCCCUAGAAUCUUGUAGUCUGCUUGCCUUUUUGUAUUCUGCUACUCUUGUAUUCUUGUAACUUUGGCCUUUUUUUACUGUAUUAUAAGCUUCCCUGAGCUUUUAAAAAGAAAGGCAGGCUAUAAAUGUUUUGAGUGGAUAAAUAUUUCUGAAUGAUGGCAGGUUUCUUCAAAGAAUCGAACAUGUUGGCAUCCUUCUGCUUUGUAACAACAAUAGAGGUGAUCAGUAAUGAGAGGCAGGAAACUUCCCAUUUCUAAAAAUGUGUGGUUUCAUAAAAUGAAUAAGUAAUGUAAUGAAUGGGUACAAUAGCAGUCAAAGUAGGCAGCUUCAAAGUUAUAAUUAACUUCUUCAGGUGACUGUUCUUAGGAGAGCAUGCAUGCCUGUGUAAAUAAGGGUAGUUUUUUGGGUGGGCUCAAAUAAGUGCCUUAACAUUUUCGUUGCCUUCAUAUUUUUUAAAAAAUGUAAAGAAAUGUAAGCUUGUCAAACCAUAUUUAAGUAUUCUAAUAAAAUACUUUCUAAGAGAAGCUAUGCACUUAUUGACUAUAUUUAAAUCACACAAGUAAGUGCAUUUUAUGGAUUCCCCCAAGCAAUACUUCAAUUAUAUGUUAUUGCCAAAACAUAAAAUAAAACUUGAUACAUAUACAUCAUACUCCCCCCCUUUUUUCUUUUUAAGGUAAGCACGUUAAAGCAGACCCCAAUCAAUUUUAGUCCAGCAGAAGCCCAAUAAAUUCAGGGCAGCAGAAACGUCUUCAUAAUUUUCUCAGAUUCAAAACUUCUCAGAAAACCCACAUGACUGGAUAGGAUCAAAGCAGUUUUGAGGCAAAGGGUCAUGGAAAUGAGUAGGAAGCUUUGUGCCAAGUCUUUCUUCCAAACUAUAUGGAUCAGAGUCUGUGUGAUUGAAAACUAUACAGGAAGUCUAACUUGGGUUCACCUCAGACCGCUGUCUGUUGGUUACUUGAUAUGAUGAUCCAUAUGUAAGAAAACAGGAGUAUAAUGGAAGGUAAGCUGGUUUUUUUUUACUCUUCCUAGGGCAGGUGUAUUAUUAACUUCUCCCUACUCAAUAAAUGGAUGCUACUGAUAAACAUGCAGUUGUGCAGUACAUUUUAAAAUAGUUGUAUCUAUCCCAGCAGGUAGAAUCUAGCUACUAUCUUUUAUUCUACCUUAAGAAGUGCCUUUCCCAUAGCAAUCUGCCCAUGCCCUUAGGUCAUUUGCUGAAGUCUUUCCCAAUGUCAUCCUUACCAGAGGAGAAGUAAGUAGCAGCAAGAGAAAGGGCCUUUCUGUGUUUUUGUUUGACACUCUUGGAGCGCAUCCUGCUUUCUUUUAGACCCCAGGAAAAAACAUUUUUGUUUACCUAUUGUCAGCCUGUUGGUUGGGUAUAAAUGGAGGGGGGGGGAUGAAAGAAAGGCAGCUCUGUAUAUGGAAGUUUUUAGUUUUGAUGUCUUACUGUGUUUUAAUUUGUUGGAAGCCACCCAGAGUGGCUGGGGCAACCUAGUCAGAUGGGUGGCAAAGAAAGAGAGAAAGAAACAAAGAAACAAAGAAAGAAAGAAAGGUGGUAUGAUGCAUCACAAUAAAACACACACACACACGAGAAACAUGGGACUUUUCUCUUUGGGGAGCGAGUGACUGAGAGGCAUAACAAAUCUAUCUUGAAAACACAUAGGGAAUAGGGCAAUUCAUUUCGCGCUAGAUAGAGAUCAGCCAAAGGGGGGGGACAUGAAAUCUCUUAAUCAGCAAUUGCCUCUGGGUUUUGCCAUCUGUUCUGACAGGUGCCACCCCUUAGCUCCCAGGCUUUGCUCCCUGUGUCUCAGGAUCUGAGCCCUAGGACAUCUGGCAAGCCUAGCUAGAACUGUUCUAGCAACAGCUGUGCAUUGAAUACAACGGGUCCCAUUUCCUCCAGAAAAACUAGUCAAAUGUUGAAUAUCUUAAUUUGAUGCCUCCUGAAAAUGGGUUCUUGCAUGCUGUUCUUUCUUUCAUAAUGUAUGUCAUGACUGUGCCAAGCAAGAGCUACUAGUUCCAGUGCAUUGUAAUGGGUGUUGACUGCUCCUACAGCUAGGAGAACAAAUUUUAGGUUUCUUAGGGUUGGUAAGGGUUAGCUCAGAAAGUCAGUAUACCCAGCCAUCCUAGGUUUGUUACCACUUCAGCAAAGCCAGCCCUCCCAUGACACAGGGUGAAGUGCCUGCCCACCCCACUUGCUUCUGCCACCAAGAGGGAGGCGUUCUGGUGUACGACAUUGCUGCUCAUCUCCCCCCCCCCCCGCCCCAGGCAGAGAAGCCAAGCGAGUGCCAACACCUGAAGGAGUGCUCCAGCUUCUGCCAAGUUGGGCGAGUGCUGGAGCUCAGCAGUGGAAGUGGGUGGUGGUGGGCGGGGCCAGGAAGCGGCAAUUUCCAUUUUGCCUCAGAUGGUGAAAUGGGAUGGGCUACCCCAACACUUCAGAAUACAUCUCACUUUAAUAUUUAUUCUUUUUUUGUAAGCACAGCCUGGGCUAUGACUUUCCACCAGCUGCCACUCCCUUCCUGUUUGAAUCUUCCCUUUUUCUCUGUUCCAUGUCCUUCCAGCCAUCUUUUUUGAUUCUUCCCCUUGCAAACAGUUGUUUAAAUCUGAACCUUGAAAGCAGAAUAAACAUGUUUGUAGAUGGGAGACAGCAUAUCUAAAUGCUCUGUUAUACAGUGGUACCUCGGGUUACAGAUGCUUCAGGUUACAGACACUUCAGGUUACACUGUGCUAACCCAGAAAUAGUACCUUGGGUUAAGAACUUUACUUCAGGAUGAGAACAGAAAUCACGCAGCGGUAGCGGGAGGCCCCAUGAGCUAAAGUGGUACUGCAUGUUAAGAACAGUUUCAGGUUAAAAACAGACCUCCAGAAUGAAUUAAGUUCUUAACCUGAGGUACCACUGUAUCAUAAAGGGCUUGCAAAAGAGAAACUGAGGACAUUGGCAGAAAAUUCUGGGUUUGACAUGGAUGAAACAUUCAUGGAGUAACUUGUCCUGUCAGCUGAUUACUGAAGUGGGAAAGCUCUAAAUCAGCCCCUACACUUGUAGGUUCUUGUUAAACAGUUAGGGUUACUUUUUUCUACCUGCUAUCUCUAUUCUCUAUUUUAAUUAUAUUUUAUUGUUUUAUAUUUUGUGUUUGAUGCAGGCUGUAAGUCUCUUGACUGUCUCUCUACACCAAUAAACCAACAAGUAAAAGCAGUUCAUAGAACUGAGUUGCUCAGUGUAUAGAAAGUUUUAGAAAUAAAUCUUAAAUCUUCAUAAAAGGAUUGAGGCAUGCUGCCCCAAACUGAGACACUAACUGGGCAAAGCAAUUUGAAAGUUGCUGCGUUUUGGUCUGAUUAAUUUUUUUAACCUGUGCAAGUGACAAACUUUACUUUUCAUUGAGAUUCACUGCCAUCCAACACAUUCCCCAAAUAAUAAUUGCAUGUCACAAUGCCAUUGUUUUGAAAGCGCUCUCUAAUUAUACUUUAGUUUCAUGUCUCCGAUUGGAGCAAAGGCAAUAUGAACUAUUAAUCAUACCUUAAGUGAAAGGAGUUAGAUAUGGUGUGGGGGAGUAGGUGAAGUACAUGGCAGUUUCCCUUGCCCAUUUCAUUAAUGAACCAUUCAUGUGUAACUUCUGCAAGUGCAGAAGGAAAGGAAAUGGGAUUUUCAGAAGGUGUUAAUAAGAAGUGCUGAUUGGACCACUGGGAUCAGAGGUGCUGUGAGCACAUUUUAUAAAAUAGUACAAAAGAGCUUGGGUGGUAAUUAUUCUUCAAACCAUUCAGUGCUUGUGUCUUACUGCCUGACCCUGUUAGCUAUAGCUCCAAGCACAGCAACUCAAGGAUCGUGUUCUAGGUCCUAGUGCCAGGACAUAACUCAAGCUUCUAAGCUAAGGCUUGGAUCCAUCCAACAAUGCUACAUUAGAGCACUUGUAUUUUUUGACAUCGGGAGGAAGGUUUCUUUCAGUUCCUUUUCUUGGCCUCUUUGCAUGGUCUGCAGGAGCCUUUCUGGUAUUCAAGAGCCAAGGAGCCAGGUGUGAACAUGUGGGCCCAGUCAUGGGGUAAUGAAGCACAUGGAGGUUUCCUGGCAGGCAUGUUACUUAACCACAGAACUCUGGCUAUCAGGGCUUACUCUGAGCUAGGUGGUGCCAACAGGAUAUUCUGGGCUCUGUACACUGUAUGUGGAUUGGGCCCUCCACCACACCUGCAGUCUGUUGGCAAGAACUGCUUCUUGUGUAUAUAUUAGCACAGGUGCCUCUGGGCACAUUGUGACUGGGAUCUCAACGGUGCUGUGUUUUGUAAUGUUCUCAGUCACCCUGUAAACAAAGUGUGGGAUUCAAUGCCAUGCUGUUCCCAUCAUUCCAUCUGCACAAACAUUCCAGAUUGCCAGAUGAAAGGAUAUUCCUUUCCUCCCCUGCACACUGUUCUGGGGGUUCUCCCAAAACCCCUAUAGCUAAUUUCAGGGGACACGCUGGGUGAAGAGAGGGGAAAGCCCCAUUGCAUAUGUGGAAUUCCUUGCACAGGGCUUCUUCUAACAUGGCUGGUUAGGUGAAUCCCACCCAAAAUUUUUAAAAAUGAUCUAUUUUUUAAACAGGAGAAGGGACUGGAGAUUGAGGGUCCAGAACAAAGGACUCAGGACUCGGUUCCCCUCACUGCUUCCCCAACAAUGGACCUGUUUCCUAGGACUGAAGAGCAGUGAAUGUUAGUACAUUAAAAGUAGUACACCUCUUUGCCUUCAGGCUUAGAAGAUAGAAGAUAAUUAGGUAUGGCCUGGCAUGCUUUACAUGUCUUGCUAUACAUUGGACAUGUCUUACGUCUGAUCUUUGUAAGCUGUUCUGGGAACCCUUCUGGCUAAAGAGCAAGUACACAUGGCUUUAAAGAAUGAGACCAAGAGUCAUCUAGUCCAGCUGCCAACUUUCAGUUUCUGAUGUUGGACAGCCAGGUACCUUUUAAUACUCAAGAGUGAGACAUGGCGUUGAUGUCCGUUCUUUGUUGUACUUUUGAGUCUGAGCUAGAAUCUCCCAUUCCUAAUUGUUUUGGCUAAAUAUCAUUGUUAGACAUAAUCCAUGAUGGAUUUUAGGGGCAAUGGUGCACAUUGCAGUUUGCACCAAGAUAAAUGAAGCUUAUCAAGGCACCUGGCAUGGAAUCAUGUUUAUUCUGUUUCUUUCAAGCCAUGUGAACCUGAAGUCCCCCCCCCCCCCAAAGGAACUGUGUUUGUUAAUUGGAGCAGGGGUGGAAAGGUUACCUAACUGAACAUUCCUGCAUAUGGAAAACUAUUAUUUCUGGGAGAAAGUGCAGCUAGAGCCUUCCUGACAGCUCAGUUUUCUACAUGCAGGAAAUUUUUGUGCAUGGAGAGAAGCAUUAAGUCACAUAUGCCUCAUCUAAUUAAGGUUCAAUUACGAAUUAGGCAGCAUUGCCUGAUUCUUUCCUCUGCAUGUUUUCUUUCCCACCCAAACCAGUGUGGGCAAGUUGCAGACAGAAGGAAGAACACUUGGAAAUAUUGUUGCCUUAAUUCUUUCCCCUCCAGUCUUUUCUCAGCAUCACAGACCUGCUUAUUGAGACAGUGUCAUCAUAAAUCUGUUUAGAAAAGGAAGUUAUUGGCUGUGUACACAUUACUGUUUACUCUGGCUACAGUGCAUUUCCACUGCUUGUUUUUGAAUUCAUGUACACAUAUUAUCUAAGAUCCAGAGUUAUACUGUAGUUUCUUGUACAAUACUGUGUUUUUAUGUGGUUUCCUUCAAUCCAACGUGAGCACGGUUUCCUUAUUCAAGUUGCAUGGAAUCCCAGGUGUGUCCAUUUGUGAAGACUUCCUUUCCAUCUGGAUUUCUGGGGGCAGAGGCAGGGCAGGGAAACCAACCAGACAGUACCAUCAGGUGAAGACGCCAUCACCCAGUCUCUACCCAUUGGUAUGGGUGACUUCAGUGCACAUGAACCCAUGCUGAUAUGUACAGCAGCAAGCAAAUUUGACUUGAAAUGCAGUGAGAAAAAACAACCUUGCUUCAUUUUAAGCCAGUAAAGUGUACACAGCCAAUGUCUGUCUGAAUUUAUAUCUUCAGUGAAGGGGUUCUUUUUUUGCCUGAAUAGCAGAGUUGUCCAAAAUUCAAAGUAACUGUAGAUCAAGCAAAAUAAAGAUAAAAGUGUAUUCAAGAAUUUGAAAAGAAUAUUGUGUGUUAAACGUGUUACCAUUUGAAGAGAGAGGAUAUUGUGCUUAUUUAAUACAGAUCUGUCCUCCUAAAGAGCAGCUGUUCUUUCAUAUGUUGUGCAUAUUCUGAUUAAUUAGAACUAGAUUUUGACCUUUACAAACUUUAGAUAUCACUUGUAGUUGUGAGCUUGGAAUAUUUAUUUGAAGCAUUUAUAACUCACCCUUCAGUCAAACAUGCUUCCAGGAUGGCAUAUGAAAAACAGUAGUAAGACUGUCCCUGUUCUCAGGCUUAGAAUCCAAAAAGACAUGACACAAAAUGAAAAGGGGAUAGGUGGGGAGGUGAGGGAGAAAAACACAAGCCAUCUUUCAUGGAUGCUUUAGCUGAAAUUCUUGCAUCGCAGUGGUUUGGACUCGAUGGCCCUCGGGCCCCUUCCAACUCUUAAGAUUCUAUAAGCUUGGGCACUAGUUCAUCUAGUUAUAGCUGUUAUAACACAGGCAUGUAGUCCUACAGUUAUAUAGCUCUGCCUGUAUGGGAGUGUAACUGCUCUCAAUCAGAUCUGGGAGCAGAACUGGUGGCAAUGUCUGGGGCAUGGCAGAUAGAAAUUAGAGUUGCUUCUGUGAUGCAGUUCUUUCCUCAGACAGGUGACCUGAUGGAAGGUGGGCUCUUCACAGGAGAGGUACUUGAUGGAGUCACCAAAGUCAGUGGCAAUUAGUUUAGUUAAUGCAGUUUAUUAAAUCUGCAUGUUGCUUCCCAAUAUAAAAAGUCCUAUAGCAAUUAACAUCCAUUAAAAAACACACAAAUACAUAUUAAAAACAAAUGUAACAAUAUAGUACAAUAUAUCACCACUGUUUCCCAAAUGGCCAGGAAAACAAAUAGGUCUUUACCUGGCACUGAAACAUUGGUGCUUCUCUGGGACUUCCCUGGGAAGAGCAUUCUGGUUUGGGCUGCCUUGGCCUCAACAAAGGGUAACCCCUUCCUGGAAACAUUUAACCCACCCCCAGAUCCGAUUGAGGAGCAAGUAAUAUUGACCAGGUCAGGAGGAUAGGAUAGUUAAAUGCCCAGUCCACCAAGCACUGCUGCCAUGUACUUUGGCUACCUUUUUGUGAGCCUCCUAUUCAAAUCGGUGAAACUUUAGAGAAGCUGCAUGAUAGCAGAGUUUACUGUUUCACUCCCCAUAGCAAGGUAGGUUUGACUUGUUGCUGUUUGAAAACUCCAUCAGAACCUGAAUUUUUGCUCAGCUUCAGGUCUCCUUGAGAAAAGAGUAAUUUUAUUCUUGCUGAUGAAAAGAGUUUAUUCCCACUAUAUCAAGUACUGCAAGAUGUCUAUUCUUAUGUUAUAGAUUUAUAGAUUAUAACCUUACAAAUUGUUCAUUGUAAAUACAGUAAAUACUAAGCAGUGUGUAUGAUGACAAAGACCAAGAGCAAUCAUUUUGAAGGCAUGGGUUUAAUUGUAGCUAAAGUCAUGGUGUAUGGUCUUGUUAAUUUGAUCUCUGAAAAGAGGACGCCUGUGCAAAGAGAAUGCCACAUUCAUGUUGCAUUUCUUUCAAAUGUUUGUCUAUCCAGUGCUUUCUACUAAAAGUAGAAGGUCAACUUUGAUUUACCAUGCAGAUUCCACAUAAUUCAAUUUUAAGAAUACAAAACACUAGCUUGGCUGGCAUCAAUAACAAUUCCUGACCUAGAAAAGAUUAAAUUAAGUUUUAAACAAUUGCACUAUCUCUGCUAGAGAUGAGAAAUAGCUGGUUACACCCAGGGCAUCUGGGGACUUAAAAUGUGAAUUUAAAUAUGAACUUUUAGCAAGGACACCUGUCAGUCUUCUAUUCUUGAACUGAGUUGAAUAUCUCAUGUAAAAUGUAUCAAGCAGUUAGUAGUUAUAUGGCUGACAUUGAUUUGAAGGAAACUUGGCCGUAUGCCUGGGAAAGGAUCCCCAUAUUGAGGUCUGCUUAAUUGUAUGCUCAGUUGUGUUCACCACACAGUGCAUCACAGUUCAUACCCUUACUUAGACCAAGAGCAACACUUAGGGCAGUGAUUUGCCAAAGACCCCACAGAGAGCAUCACGUAUUCAUCAUGUGCCACCCUCUUCCUGCUUUAAUGGUUUUUCUAAUGUCCUAAAACAUUGGCUAUGAGAACCUUAAUGUUGGUGGACAUGAAAGUCAUGAAAAGUACCCUAAUGCUGAAGGGGCUGAAGUGAUGAGUUGGGUCCUCUCGUUUUUCUGCCAGUCUGUGCUUCUAUACCUCAGGGAGUCUAUUGUUUACUUUCUCUUAGUAAAUGAAACUCCAUAGCCCUAAUCUCCAUGAAAAUGAAAGCAUUAAGCUUGAUUAAAGCUUGUGAAAGAGCAUAAUGAGAUCUACUUGAAAAUGUGCACGGAACUCAGAGUCCCUAUUAAUAUCUCAGUCAUAGUAGCCCAGUUAUACUAUUUGGUUUCCUGAAAUGUCUCUCCAUACCUGAGGCUGAGUCUCUAAAGAUAAUAUAUUUCUGUGCUCAGCAGAGCAAGGAGCAAGCUAGUAGUUCAGAGUGUUUUAAGAUCAGCAGUCCAAUCUGAACCAGGAAGAUAAAGUGUGACCUCUGGUAAGCAGUGAUUGCAGUAGUUAUUAAGUGAGGUUAAGCUGGUUAUUACUCCCUAGGAUUGCAUUUUGGCUUGUUGCUCUCUUCCAAGUGAGAGGCUGGAUUUUGAAGCAGUGACUGUCAAACAACGCAAGACAUGAGCCAUGCCUACAGUUUCAAGCUCUGACUUUCCUGUUACUUGAAUGCAAGGAAUAAAUAUCUCUAUUUAACUAGGAGGACGGGGCUGCUACGAUUGAAGAAGGCAACACUCUGUGUGAUGUGGGUGGAAGAGGGGGAGGUGGAAGCCCUGCUUGGCAAUUUCUAUGCAUUACCGGAGGCUAGAAUCACACAUACUUUUCAUGAAUAAUUUUUGAUCAUUCAAUUCACUAGGGAAUCCCUGUGCAUAAAUGCAGGUUGUUAUGGAUACAAGAAACUGCCUUGCUCCCCAUGGAUUGUAACAAAUGGAUUGUGUUGCUAUUAUGGAGGACUGUGUAAUUUUUAUUUUUUUUAUUUUUGCAAAGCAUGAUCUGAUUCAUUGGCGAUGGGAGUCUUUUGCCAAUCCCAAAAGAAUAAAAAUCUCGGUAACCUCAUAAAAGGUUCAUUAAAAAAACUAUUUAAAUGUUCAAAGUCAUGGGUUUUCAGGGGUUUUAGGGCAUUCUUUAGUUACAAUAAAAAGUAUCUCUACUGAAAUGUUGAUCAUGUAAUAAGUCCUCUGAUCUAGCGUUUUACCUUGUAACUAUGACUGUAGCAGUGUUGCUUUAAAAUACUAUUCCCUAACUAAUAUCUUCAGUUAGCAGCUUCUAGUUUAUCUGUCAGAAGUUCAGACUGUGAUUUGGCACUUGAGAUAAUAUUCGCCUCCAUCAUGGGCUAAGCAAGUUCCAGCUGCUUGGCCCCACUCCCUUAAGUCAGAAGAGUUCAGUGGGUUUGCCUAGUGGGUAGUAGGCAGGAAGAGGGCAGGAUCCUGGCACCAUAUGGACACCAACAAUAUUUCUGUUUCUGAUACUACAUUGAUUUUAUUAUAUUGUGGAGAUCUUUUGUAAGUCACUUUGAGAGCUUCUAGGGCAGGCAUGGCCAAACUUGGCCCUCCAGAUGUUUAGGGACUACAGUUCCUAGCAUCCCUGACCACUGGUCCCUUUAGCUAGGGAUGAUGGGAGUUGUAGUACCAAAACAUCUGCUGUAGGGGCUAUAAAGUGGAGCAUAGAUAUUUUGAAUGAAUGAAUGAAUGAAUGAAAGCAGGGAUGGAUCAUAUAUAAUCGUAGGGAGUGCAUUUGAUUAGUAUUUUGGAUUUCCAUUUGACUUUUGAGUAUUGACUGAAAACAAAACUAUGUCCAAGAAGCCACAUUGCUGACUCAAACACAUGAAUUGUCCCUUCCUCUGGUGCACUCAACGUUUUGCUGUAGGUGAUUUCUUGGGAUUACUAUCUAGCCGACUGAACUAAAACGCAAAUGUCCAAGUUUAACAAUAAUAUAGCAUAUUGAAGGUUUUGUUUAGUCAUUUGCAUUACUAUCUGACCAGAUAUGAGGAUUGAUUUCUCAGAAUAACUGUGAAGCUCAGUACGCAAAAAGAUGCGCUUUUAGAGAGCCUAACAUUUCCCCAUUUGGAACAAGAAUAUAGGAAGUGCCUUGUCAAAUUAUUGGUUCACCUGGCUCAUUAUUGUCCACACAGUGAAUGGCAGUAGCUAUCCAGCGUCUCAGACAUGUGUCUUUCCUAGCUCAACUUGGAAAAGCCGGGAAUUGAACCUGGGAAGCAUCAUCAUGUUUGAUAGCCAGCAUAUGACUGUAAUUGGUAGUGUAAGUAAGGAGGACUCCUCCAUUGGGAGAAGGAGCUGUACCAGUGUGCGCAACUACAAACAAGAUUAGCAUCAGCCCUUUCUUUGUCAUCCCCCAUAUGCCCAGAAGGAGCAUUUAUUUGCUGGCCUUGAAAGACGAGCUGAACUCACUGUUUUUCUGUGGCAGGCUCUGCUUCAGUACAUUUAUUAGGUCUUUAGGCCAUCCCCUCAAGGGAUGCAAAUGGUUUUAAAUAGGCAUGAUGACCUAUAUCACAAUUCAAGGUGAAAGCAGGUCAAGAGGAAUAUGCUGGUGGAUUUAACCGCACUAAUCUGGUAAACUGAAAUUAACUCCCAGCCUUUCCCUUUCUUGGCCACGGUCCCUUGUUUGCUCAGACAAGGAUUCAGAGUAUGUGCCAGACACAUUUUAGUCUUUAUUGAAAAGACAGACAAGUCUAUAUUAAAAGAAAUAUGGGUGAUAUUCAGUCCAAAUGUAAUGAUUGGUUAAUAGUAGGCCAGCGGUGGGACAGAAAUUUGCCUGUAAGGCAAUAGUCAUAGUGAGCAAGUGUGGUCUAAUGUGUUGUACUUAGACCCAGAAGAUCUAAGUUCAGAUCCCUGCUGAAUCAUGAUGCUCACCCAGACAUUACGCUAUAUGCACACACACUUUCAGCAUAAUUUACAGGUUUGUCAUGAGAAUAAAAUGGAGACAAUCCAUGUAUACUGAGCAUCUUGGGGGAUGGGUGGGAUAAAAAUAAAAUGAAUACUAACAAAUACUUCUGUUUGCUUCUUUAAAACAAAAAUUGAAAGUUGACGUGCACUCCAGUAUUAGAGGGAGGAUGCUUUAAAAAGUACCACAUGAUGGUGGCUCAUCAUUGAGAGCUGACCAAUGACCCAUAUAGUUCAUCAUGCUGUUCUCCAACUAGCUAGUUAGGGGAAGUCGGCAAGCGUGACAUGAGUACAGUAAUGUUCUUCCUACUGAGAACUCUUUUUCCUGGAGACGUCCAUGGCAAAUCGUUCAAAUCAGCCAUAUUUCCCUUUCUAAGGGAAAGUCUGUUUCAUCUUAUCAGGAUCUCUUUAAAAAUUAUAUAUUUCUAUCAGGUUCCUGCACUAAAGUUCUGCUGCGAUGAAAGAAAUGAUUUGUAAGCUGCAGCGUCUAAGAUUGCAUUUGGCUUUGCCGAACCACUGUAUAUUUUCAGAGAGCCAUUUGAGCAGUGUUGGACACACAUUUGACUUCCGGGACCUUAAGGGUGUGGGGUUAUAUCAUUAUUUGUGAUACACUGACUAAGGUUGCAGUUCUUUGUAUAUAUGUUAGAAAAUAAAUUAUUCAAUUGAUUUCAGUGGGGCUCCUUUCCCAUCAAACACUGAGACAAUAAGGCAGCAAGAGAUUUGAGAACCAUGUUUCUAAGGAAUAUAACACAUUUCUUCCAGCAGAAAAAGAUUAAAGCAACAAAGAGCUGGGGUAUGAAUACAUGAAUUGUUCUUUGACUUUUCAUUCUGCCUAGCUCCUCUUGUCUGCAGAUAUUAUUAGAAUUUUAUGCAUGUUUGAGAAUGAGGGAGUCUGUGCAACUGUUUGGCAUCCAGCUGUCACGUGACACCCCACUUAAAAUGCUCAAUAGAAAAUUCUUGAGUUCCCACCCACCUGCCCUCCAAUAAUUGGUUUUAGCCAAACGGAAACUUUAUAUAUCUUCUGCAAAGUAUGGAAAUGUUUAUGUAGAUAAGAAAAAAAAAUGUUGGCCUCCAGUAACAAGCAUAUAAUUUGUUUAUAAUCCACUAAAUAAUGCCAGACAAUAAUGCCAGACACAUUUUCUAAAGCCAAAUGAUCUAGUAUUCUAUAGUAACAACUGAAUUUCAUCACUUUUUCCAUAAUUAGCAACGCUUGUUAAGGGCCAGAUUGCACGGUGUGAUAAAUAUGCUUUUUAAAAAGCAGACAAACUCACCAUUUUUGUUUUGGUUAAAAAACAGCCAGGGCUGCCCAGUCCAGAGUGUGCUGUUGAUCUGGAUUGGAGCUUUAUGCUGUUUUCCUGACAAAAAUACUCCCCACCAGCCGCUAAUGGCCCCUGAAAAGCACAUCUGGGGGCAAAUAACAGCCAAGGAACUUUUCAGCAAGAAACUGGCACCAAGUCCGGAGCUCAGUGAAACAAGAAGUUCUUAUAUUGAUUUCAACUCCCUUCAGUUUCAGCCAGUAUGGUCAAUGGUCAAGGACAUGGGUAGGCAAACUAAGGCCCGGGGGCCGGAUCCAGCCCAAUUGCCUUCUCAAUCCAGCCCGUGGAUAGUCCAGGAUUCAGCAUGUUUUUACAUGAGUAGAAUGUGUGCUUUUAUUUAAAAUGCAUCUCUGGGAUAUUUGUGGGGCAUUUUUCAUUUUUUCCUCAAAAUAUAGUCCGGCCCCCUACAAGGUUUGAGGGACAGUAGACCAGCCCCCUGCUGAAAAAGUUUGCUGACCCCUAGUCAAGGAUGAUGGGAGUUCUAGUCCAACAAAAGCUGGAGGCUACAGGCUCUCCACAUCUGCUUUAAGCUUUUGUAGAAGAUGUUGAUGAUUACCAUUUUUAAAAUUCCCUAUAUUUUGUAUAAUUUCAAAAUAUUAAUUUAUUCUGGUUUACUUUAUAAUUUUUAUAGUUAUAAUUUUAAAUAACUGAUGUGCAUCUCAUUCUACUCUAAGUAGCUUGGUUUGGGCCCAGGUGUGGUUAAAAGUAAUUAAGCAAUAACUAGUCUGUGUGAUGUGCUCCUAGGAAAAAGCCCAUAUUGUUUGAACAUCAUUUGCAUUAAUCCAUCUAUUGGUUAAAGACCCCUUGAUACAUUAGCUAAAAGAAUUGGUGGUUUUAUGGCACACCAUAUUACCUUGCAUAAAAUGAGCAGAAUGGCCAUUAAAAAGCCUCACAUUACGUAGUUGGUACCAGGGUGCAUGUUUGACUUGCAGCAUAUAUGGAAGAACAUGUAUUAAAUGAGGAGUCACAGCCAGCAGCAAUUCAACCCUAGCUCUUAAGCAAGCAGAGUUGAUCUGUCAUUUAUUUGCUAAUAAAAAAGCUUUGUUAGUAGGACUGAUGCAAAAGUUCAAUCUGUUUUUGUUUAUGAAACUGUAACAAAUUAAAUGGGAAUCCACCUGUGACUGGUCUGAGAAUUACUAAACAUACCAUAAACAGGAGAUGGCAACAAGGUAUAACUCUGCAUGCUUGGAAAAAAAUGGUUUCUCAUAUUUAAGAAAUGUGGUGCUUACAAUGACUUUUAAAGUUUAAUGCUUAAGAAAGUUUUUCAUUCAAAAGAACUCCGUUUCCAUGUUGGCACUCACAUAAAGGUCAGGUUUCUCGUUCUCCUUUCCCCAAGUGUGUCACUUGGAAGCUCCAAUUUCUGGGCAGAUUAACAGGAAAAACUUGGCAUGCAGGAGAACAUGCUGUUAGUAAAAGGCAGGGCAAACCUAUUCUCUAAUUAUGCUGGGGAGGGAAGCGAUAACGCUGGCACUCUGCUGGUGGAAAGUCCACCUUGUCCUGUGCAUGUUGCCAGAACAGGAGUGGAAGGGGAAAACACACAAACAGAAAAUAAAUAAUUAUAGGAUUGUAGAGUUGCUCACUGCACCCAUGGAAACAAAGCUUGCUAGUGGCAACCAAUCUGGGACAGUGCUGGCGAUGUUGACUAGCCACAGUGAUGGGGACAAACACACCCAGUAAUAUUUCUGCAUCAUCAUAAAACCAUGCUAGAGAGCUGCUACUCAAUCAGACCCAUGGCCCAGCCGACAAGAACACUGUUCAGCCAGGCCCUGGGUAUUCUUGUUGACAGGGGUUCAAAUCUCCUUAAGGGGGAUGAAGAAAGAAAAGCAGGAGUGGGGAGAGCCUAUGCAACUCAUGUAGCUUCCAUGGCAAGAUGUCUACAGAAAAUACAGUUGUCCCUCUUGGGAUAAGUGUUUGUGACCCACCUGAGGAGUUGAUAGGAAGGCCACCAGAAUAAUAGAGACAAAUGCUCCUGCUCAUCUUUUGCAUACCUUACCAACCCCAACCCCCCAAUCCACAUAUUAUGCUGCGGACAGCAGACACAGCUUCCAGAACUCAAACCCACGCUGUAAGUGUCACAGAACAGUUCCUAACCUCUUAACUGCAGCAACAGAUAGGCUUCAGACACAUCAUGGGAUAUACAUGUCUCCACACCUUCAGUUUCGGGAUCCAGUAAAAGAUGCCAGAAGUACUGGGGCUGCAGGAGGGUCUGGUCUCGUGGAACAGUGUGUGUUUUAUGUGCUGGAAGUCCCUGAGUGAACUCUAUUAGCAAAAAGAGGGAGGGCCCCCACAACCAGGACAUCUAAGCCAUUCAGGUGGAAUGCUGCCUGAGUCAGUAGUCCGGCUUCUGCAAGGGCCAACCAGCCAGCCCUUAUGGUUGACGUAAGUGAUCCUGCCCCACUCCAUGUUUUUGUCUGAUAAGCCAGCCUUGUCAGGUAGCACCCCACCAGGGCAUCAGCAUCCUUUCCCUGGCAGCAGCAAACCCAUCCCACAGUGCAACCUGAGAUGCCUUUUUAGGCCAGAGGACACAUUUAGAAUUUUGAGAAAGUGCUGUAGAAGCCAGUCACAAAAAUGGUUGCUGUUGGGAGCUGGGUGGCAAAAAGGCUGCCAUACAUGACAGCACAGGAAAAGAGUCAGGGCCUCACAAUGGCAUGGGCAUCUUAUCACCCACCACCACCAAUGGGAGGAAACACAGCUAUAUCAGCCAUCAUUGUGCUUCCUCACAAAUAGAAGCUCUUUGCAUCUCUUCAGAAUGGAUGGGAGGGUGGAUGUCUAGUCCUGGUAUCCAAUUACAUGUGGGCAUGUUUAAGGAAGUGUUUUUGAUUAAUACAGGAGAGGCUGAGCCAGUGCAAACUGGAACUGAACAGGAAGAGCAAACAAUCAUUCAUGUGUUAGAUUCUUAAGGAGAUAUGUACUGAGACAUUUUGUGAGUGCCAUAGGAAGAACUGGUGGGCAUGCUGGUGCCUGCAGGAACCGUGUUGGUGAGACUUGAUUAUUGUUUCCAGCCAGCACCCCCCACUGUGUCCCCUUUUGCUGCACAAGCCAGUUGUUUUUGCUACCAUUUUCACACUUAUACGUGCCACAGAAUUUCUCUGAAGCAUUUGUCAUACUUGAUGAUAAUGAUGGCAGAUGUGCUGAGUGGACCCGGGAGCUGCCUUGCCACCAAAUGUUCUCUUCAGAUUGCAAGGCAACAUUUAAAUGAGAGAAUCUAUGCAUAGCAAUGAAUAUUUUUUUUUACUCUUUUGUAUGUUGAAAUACUUGGCUCUUCUAAGAAAACCAUCUCAGUUUUUGGCCUCUCCCUUUUUUCAGGUACCUUGAAAAGCAUAUUAAACACUCAUGGUUGCUGGGCAAAACAUGAGAGUGCCAUCUUUGGUUGAUCUGCUGGGCCUUCUCUGAAGCAUUUUCUACCAUCAGAGAGAAGAUACAGAGAUCAAUGGGCCUGAAAUCCAUCCAGUAAACUUAUCCCUGUAUUUAUAUGUUGUGGCAAGAUAUAUUAGUUCAACACUACAGUCGUUUGAUCCCACAGGAGAGAAAAGCCACUUGUGCCUACUUUGUUAAGCUAAUGCCAAUCGCUUGAGCCAAUUAACAGUAAUUAAACUGGUUGGAUGGGAUUCAAAAACCAGAUGGGGUGGGAUGGGAUGUGUUGAAAACCCUUUCUGUGUUACCAGGAUGCAAAUAAAUAGUGAGAAAAUAUUCAGUUCCCAAAAGUCAGAGACUUUGAAGAAAACAACCUGCUAUUUGGCGGUGAGGAAGAUUAACUGUUUUAUGAUGCUAAGUAAGGAAUGAUAUUAGGAGAAAAUGGAAUAGAUAAGGGAUGCUGGUAUGUAUUUCUCUUCCCAGAAGUCUGUGUAUGGUGUAAAUAAUGUUGAAAUUGAGACUUGGUAAAGGAAACUGUGAGAGGAGUGGUAUGCAUAAACUGAAAGACCAGAGUUUAUGCUCUACAUUCUUAGUGUUCAGAAGCAUCUGAGUGAGUAGGUCUUUCUUACCAUAACUUUGGAUCAAGAGUCCACCUUUAAAUCACAAAUGUUAACACACACACAUUAUUAUGAGAGAGAUCUGCUAAGUCACCAACCUGAAUCUUUGCAAAAUUGUUUCACAAUUUUUAAAGAAUGAAGCACCACAAACAUCCAUGAAUUAAACAUUCAAGUAAACAAACAGUCCAGUGUGUGUAUGUCCCCGCCCCGUGAGCUCAAUGGUUCAUUCUGUUCAUGCUACUAUUUAAAUAUAUUUGAGGAGGGAGUGUAAACAGUGGCACUCUCAAGCAAGAUGGGAGGGACGGAGAUUGUGGAACAGCACAUGUCUAUAUCAAAAGACAAUUGUUUUAAUGUCCCAAAUAGUAUAUGCUUGAAGUUGGUUUCACCAUCAGAUGAGCAUACUAGGGAUGGAAGAGAAAUUGGUUUGGGCUGUAUCUCAAACUGAACCAACCCAAUUCACCAGUCCUGGACGCGGAUCAGAAUGCAGAUAGAUCACAUAUCUUUUCAAAUUUUGCAGAGCAGCUUUGGUUCAAGAAAUGCUUACAAGAAUGUGCAUUUUAUUUGUGGAGGGGGACGUGUAUUUCAGGAAAGCAACUCUAAAUGAAAAAGUGUUGUAUAUCCAAUCCCAAAGAAACUAUUUGAUGAUACAGUGGUACCUCGGGUUAAGAACUUACCGGAAAUUCGUUCUGGAGGUCUGUUCUUAACGUGAAACUGUUCUUAACCUGAGGUACCACUUUAGCUCAUGGGGCCUCCUGAUGCUGCCGGAGUACGAUUUCUGUUCUCAUCCUGAAGCAAAGUUCUUAACCCGAGGUAAUAUUUCUGGGUUAGCGGAAUCUGUAACCUGAAGUGUCUGUAACCUGAGGUACUACUGUAUACUGAAGCUGAUGAACCUGAUUAUAUGAGAUUUCAGAAGAUAGCAGUUAAAAGUGAAAAAGUGUUAACAGAAAAUACUAUUUUUUAUUUUUCUUAUUUUAGGAUUUAUAAACCACUCAGCAUUCAGAGAAUCCCCAAGUGGUUUAUGGAGAUAGAUAUUUAACACAAUAGAGAACAUAACAUUGUAUUAAAUCAUAAAAAACAAGAAUUUAGAAUUAGAGAAAUAAAAUAGACUACCUUGGCUGGAAAGAAAAGUUUUCAACAAAUGUUGGAAAUGUUGGGACUUUCUACACUUCUAAGGGAAGAGGAUUCCAGAGAACUGGUUUGUUCGAAUCACAGCAUCCUUUACCACGGGGACAUGUGGUACCAUGAACAGAUUUUCAUUCACAGAUCUAAGAGUCCAGGGUGGGAUGCAGGGGCACAUGCGAUUUCUAAGAUACCCUAGUCCAGAAUCAUAGAGUUUUCUGUACACUAGCAGUAAGUUUAUUAGAAGACUGAAGCUAAUCAGAAGAAGUGGCAUUUACAGAAACAAAGGUCCAAACAGUGAUGCCACUGGGUCUAUGUUGGUUUUUGAAUAUUCAAGGAAGGGGAAAGUAUGGUUGGCUAUGGGUUAAACCAAAGUGGCCUUCACAAUAUGUUGAAUCAUGAAGGGACUAGGCAGCAUAUACCUUAGCACAGGCUGCUUCUCCAUUUUCUUGUUUUGAUGUACAGUGGUACCUCUAGUUACAAACUUAAUUCGUUCCGGAGGUCUGUUCUUAAUCUGAAACUGUUCUUAACUAGAGGCAUGCUUUCGCUAAUGGGGCCUCUUGCUGCCAUUGCGCCACUGGCACACGAUUUAUGUUCUCAUCCUGGAGCAGAGUUCUCAGCUCGAGGUAACUCUUUCAGGUUAGCGGAGUUUGUAACCUGAAGCAUUUGUAACCUGAGGCAUUUGUAACUCAAGGUACCACUGUAUUAGUGUAUUGCCUUUGGGAGUGAGGGGGCAUGCCAUCACAGUGGUACCUCACAGUUUAGAAGGUGUUUGAACCAAUAGGAUGGACAAAUGGACCUGCUUACUAGAAGUUCAGAGAUUAUUUUAGUGUUUCUCCCCCAUGUGACAUCUGAAGGCAGUCCUGAGAAGAAAAGCAGGGGGAACUGGAAUGGGCAUUAGGCUGCUAGGCAGUCUUGUGCUCUUAAAAUAACCAGGUAGAUGAUCCAGUUCUUGUAGCUUUCUCACCACUUCUGCCUGUCUCCCUGAGUUUUCGCUUAAUUGUUUCAUUCCCCCCACACCCACGUUUGCGCUUUGCAAUGUUAUCUAAAGGUUGCACGUCAGAUAGCUGAAGGAUAGAAUGUCAGAUUCAGUGCUCCUUUAGUCUGUCACAGCUGUUUGAAGGGCCUGGGGUUUUUAAAGAAAUGUCAAAGGCAUUUUUGCAGCACAUGGAAACCAGAUGUGCUUUGGGAAAAUGGACAUCGGGAAGAGGAGGGCAACUUAAAUGUGUAUUUAAUCUUCCUGUUCAAAAGGGUGCACAGUGCUGGGUGGCACUGAGACAUGUCUAGAGAACUUUAAUAACCAUAUUGAACUUGGCUAGGAUUCUAUAGUACCUCUGGACUAGACUCAAAUACUUAGCUUUUUCCUGAAAUAAGUACAGCUUCCUGGAGUGAAUGACCAGACAUUUGUAACCAUACUGCCAUGUAAUCAUUGCAGUGACUUUACUCUUCUGUGAAAAGACUUCCUUAUUUUUAAGUAUAGAUUAUUAUUCACACAAACUGUGAAGAGCAGUAUUGCUUGAGGUAUGACAACUGUAUUUGCACUGUUAAUGCUGUAAAUUUACUAGAUCUGCUGCUUGGGAAACUUCUGACACUGAAAUCUGAGGAGAGACAGAUUUCACAGAAUAUAGUUAUACCUAGGGGGUCUUCACAAAGCUGGUCAUGCAAGGGCUGAAAGUCUUUAAUUUCAAACUCCCAUCUAUUGGCAAGGCCUCAUCUCUGCUUUGGAACUGAGAUAUAGCCAAGCUUUGCAAGUCUAAAUUGACAUAAGAAACAGAUGUUGUUAUUGCCUAAGGCUCAAAAAAAAUAUGAGUAUGCUGUUUGCUUGUUUUUCUCUUUCCUAGAAUUUGUUUAUUUUCUUGGAUAGGACAUCAUUUCUGACUCAGAAUAAUUUAGGCAUGUUUAGGACAACCCACUAUCUACAUAGUAAAACUUGCUUCCAGUGCAGUCUAUGGGACUUGCAUCCUGAAAACAUAUUGAGAUUAGAGUUGUUGACCUUGUAUUUUCUCAUUUCCAUCUUUAGCUGAGGGGUGUAAGCAUAUUCUACCCUAGCUUGAGAUAAUGGAGCAUCCUUGGAUGCCCAGACCCUUCUCUCGACCUCACUAAUGUGGUCCAAAGGAAAGCAGAGCAAUACAUUUGGCACCAGCUUGACUCCAGGAGUUACCAGGAGCUGUAAAAAGUGCCAUCCAACUGUCUUAGAAACUCCAGUCUGGGUUUUUGUAGGGUUUACUCAUUAGCCUUUUCUUCUCCUGAAGAUGUGCAGCAAAGCAGUGGGCACAUGCUUUUCCUUGGGAUUUACUCCUGAAGCCUUUCUCAUGAAUGAGGAUAGCUGCAAGGCAGUGGAGGUUUAGGAUCAAAGUUUUCCUACUAGAUGGGCUACCUUUCCACGCUGAUGAGCCCCAUUUGCCCCUCACUUCCCUCUACAGCAGUGGUUCUCAACCUGUGGGUCCCCAGAUGUUGUUGGACUACAGCUCCCAUCAUCCCUGAGCUCUGGCCUUGCUAACUCGGGGUGAUGGGAGUUGUAGUUCAACAACAUCUGGGGACUCACAGGUUGAGAAAGGCUGCUAUACAGCAUGUGCAGUCACCACGUUCUUGACCAUUGGACCAACUAUUGGUCUCAUCUGCUCAAUCUGUCAGAGCCUACCUUCACAUGGAGGGACACCCCUAACUCACUGAGGAUCUGAGACCCAUCAGCUACCUUUACCUGGUUUAGCCGGCCAGUUGAACCCGUUUCUAGGAUGUGGCUGCUGUUGCCUGCUGGCAGCUUGUAGGAGCUACAGGUGAGAGCUAAGUGCAGGGUGGGGACCAAAGGAGCACAAUAUAUCCCACACCAGAGGUACUACCCUUCCCCUAACACUCCACAUGGGUAUUUUAUGUGCAUUUUAGUCUUGUGCAUUGCUAGAACAUGGAAAUCAGUUUUGUAAAGAAUGGUUUAAGUGUUUAACAAUGUUUAACCGUAUGUGUCUAGACCGUUACUUCUUCCAUUGUUUUUUAUGUUAUUUUAAUAAAACUGUGCUGAUAUACUGAGCUAAAAUAUGUGAAUUUAGUCAGCUUUUAUUGGAUAGCAAAAAAAAAAAGUUAUAUGAGAUCCUGCCUGUAGUUAAUUAUUCAGACACAAAAUGAGAAAUUAUGAGGACUCCAAAGAAUUCAAUCCUAUAACGAUUUUAGAAACAAAAUGUUGCUGUGUAUAUAUGUGAAACCAAAUCUGCCUAAAGGAGACAUUUGCAUUGUGUAGUCACAGGUUAAAGGCUUUGCUGUUGUAUGGAAUUGCUUCCCUCACAGAUGUCAAUGAAGUGGCUAGCAUGUAUAAAUUAAUAAUUAUUAAAGUUGACAGCUAAUAGUUCACACAGGCAGUGACAAUGAAUCCCCUCAUAGAAGUGGAAAUGAGAAUUUGCAUUACUUGGGACUAUUUUAUUAUUAUUAUUAAUCUCCCUAGAGCUGCUGAGUGAGGAAAAAGUUCACACUCAGACCGGAAGGGUCUUAGGCAGGAGGCUUCUUGCUAUAAGUAUUGUAGAUACAAGGUGGCCCCUAUAAGUUGGUUCCUUCUUACCUUUGUUUUAUUAAAUAGCCAUAUAACUGAUCCUCACAAGAAAGCUACGCGGGUUCAUUACUACAGUGGUACCUCGGGUUACAUACGCUUCAGGUUACAUACGCUUCAGGUUACAGACCCCGCUAAUCCAGAAAUAGUGCUUCAGGUUAAGAACUUUGCUUCAGGAUGAGAACAGAAAUCGUGCUCCAGCAGCGCAGCGGCAGCAGGAGGCCCCAUUAGCUAAAAGUGGUGCUUCAGGUUAAGAACAGUUUCAGGUUAAGUAUGGACCUCUGGAAAGAAUUAGGUACUUAACCCUAGGUACCACUGUACUGGGCAUUUUGCAUGAUUUAGAUAACAGGUUGCCAACACAUUUAGGCCCCUAGGCACAUCUUCAUUUUUGAAUGAGUGCUGUCGUUGCUACUCCUUUCAUCAUUUAUCUCUUCCCUGCACCUCAACCCUGAUCAGCUCUUCUUCCUUAGAGACAGACAGACAGAAAGAAAGCACAUGCAUGCACACUUCCCUUUUCCAAGGGAUCUGUGUAAAAGUCAAAUCUAGUAGAAUUAAUUUGACCAUUGAAGCACAUAGAGCUGAAAGACAAAGUAGGAAAGGGUGUCAUUCUUCCGAUUUCCUCUUUCUGUUCUAUGCACUCUUUCAAAGGAGAACAAAGUAACCAUCCUCACCGCCUCAUGACCAAAAGGGAAGUGAGAAGUGAGGGAGCUCAGAGGCUUUGUGACCACCAAGAGAAGACCUUAAGGGCCAAUCAACUCUUCUUGGGCAAGGGUCUUGAGCAGGUGGUUGAAGACCAGAUCCAGGUGCUCUUGGAGGAAACUGAUUUUCUGGAUACAUUUCAAUUUGGGUUUAGGCCUAGUUUUUGCAGAGAAACUGCUUUGAUUGCCCUGUAUUUUCUCAGGAGAGAGACAGGAGAAAUAUGUCUUUGUUAAUUCUUCUUGACUUCUCAGUGGCUUUUGAUACCAUUGACCAUGGUAUCAUUCUGGAGUGGUUGUCCAAGUCAGGUGGCACUGCUUUGCGGUGGUUCCAGUCUUACUUGGAAGGUCAUUUCUAGUGAGUGAUGCUUGGGGACUGCUCUUCGGCACUUUGGAGCCUUCAAUGUGGGGUUCCUUAGGGUUUGAUUUUAUCCUGCAUGCUGUUUAACAUAUACAUGAAAUCACUGAGUGGGAUUAGCCAGAGUUUUGGAAUACAUUGUCAGCAAUACUUUACAUCUUUACAUCCUUUACAUCUGCAGGUAUGGCAGUGGAUGUGGUGGAUCGUUGUCUUAUUUCAUUAAUGGACAGAAUGAGAGUUUGUUUGUUAUCAGUUUACAAGCUGGGUAUUCAGUUUUCUUAUUUCUUUCUUGUUCUAUAGACUGUUCAGUAUUAACCCGGGACUAAGACAAGAGUAUUUAAACAAACACCUAGAACCACAGUAUUAAGGUAAGACAUUCUACUUUAUUAAGAUAAUUCUGAGAAUUCCCCCUCCCUACAAGGCCUGUGGUGUGUUAGAACCAUUAGACAAGCCAUCUCCAGAGGCAUAGCCAAUAGUAAGGGAUGAUGGGAGUUGUAAUCCAACAAUAUCUAAAAGCCACCAGGUUGGAGAAGGUGGCAUUGGACCUAGAGGAGACCUCCUGCUUAUUUAAGUUGAACCUCUGUAUCAUAACUUUUGUUUGUUCAUCCCUGAUGCCAGCUUAUGUUAGCUCAUAUGUUUGGAAGAGCCAGCGCUGCCUGUGUAACAUUUUAAGGUGUCAAAUUAAUCUAAUGCCUGUUUCACAGGUCAUAACUUUGAUGAAUUUAUUCUCAGAACACUGCUAUAAGCCAGAGAAGUGCAAACAGCUUUAUUUCUCUGUGAGGGGAAUGGAUCAGAAAAUUAAACCUUGAUCUCUCUAAUCUGACUAGCUUUGUAAAUCUUAUAUGCAUCAGAAGACUUGGAAAAUAGUGGAUACUAUCCUCAUGAUGAUUGCAUGAUAAUCAGCAAUGAGAAAAGUUCAUAAUAUUCAAUAACUGAAUGGGAAUAUGUGGAACAUGACAGAAGUAUAUAAGAUUGUGGGUGAUGUGGAGCAGGUGGGCAAAGAAAAGUUUUUUCUCUCUCUCUCUCAGAAUAUUAGAAGCAUCAGUGAGUCCUUCAUUGAUGCUGAAUGGUGGGAGAUUCAAGAGCAGCCAAAUGGAAGUGCUUCUUCACACAGUGCAUGAACUAUGAAAUUUGAUACUGUAAGAUGCAGUGGUGGCUGCCAACUUAACAGCUAUAAUGGAUACUAGUCACGAUAACUAUGCACUUCUUGCAGUGUCAAAUGCAUCAUGCCACUGACUGCCAGUUGCUGGAAAUACAUCCUAGUAGGAGAGAAGGUGUUGUACUAAUGUCCUACUAGUGGUCAUCUGUUUGGACACUAUGAGAACAGAAUACUGGACUAGAUCAGCCUUUGGACUGAUGAAGCAUGGCUUUUCUUGUGUUCUUAUUCAACACUGUUCCCAAUUCUGAAAGUUCCUUCCAACGCUGGAGUAGACUUGGCAGAAGGAGAUGUUUCAUGCUUUGAAUUUCAAGGGCAGUAAGCAUGAGGUGGCUCAGCAGAAUAUUUUCCCCCUCCCUCCCCCACAUUGAUUACAAAUUGUGGGUUUUUCUUCUGGGUUUAAUAAAUGAGGACAGUUCAUGUCCUUAAAUAUCCUUAUCCUUCAUCAGUCUCUUCUUGACAUGCUGCACGAUCCGUGCAGCCAGCUUUCUAAUCUUUCUGAUUUCUAAUUGGAUGCAGAGAAAGGUUAGGGGGCUUUGUGCGAUUCUGUCCUCUGCCGCCUCUGAGCAUCUUUGGCUGUAGGGAUUUGUUGCAGACAGCCACAUGAGCCACAGCCUCUGAGAGGCUGAAUUAGUUCACAGCUAUUCAACCUUGGUUUUGCUUUCCCCCUCCUCCUCCUCCUCCUGCUGCUGCUGCUGCCACCACCAAGACACAAAUUGAAAUGUAACCCAUGCUCUGGUCACCAUUAUUUAGCAUCACAAACAAUGAGCAGAAAGGAGAAGACUGGCCCAGUUACUUUGGUGGAUUCAGCCAAAUGGAUACUUCAGUGCGUUCCAUCUGCAUCCUUUCAGGACAGUGCUUUGUUUGCAUAUGUUAACCUUAGCCACGGUUCCAUGUGCUCAGCAUCUUUAAGCAGAUGAGCCAGGAAGGAUAGCCAAGCAGUACAGAAAGCAGGAUUCGAGAGGAAGCACUAUAUUAGCAAUUCGGAAAUCAUUAUUCAAGCUGUUUGUGAGUUAGAAUUUAAAUAGAAGAUGGCCGUGUCAGAUUGCUUACAGCACAAGGCUCUGGUUUAAUGGGGGUGGGGGUAUCAAAGGGAGAAUUUCUGCACUUGCAGCUUCUUCCAGCCCUGGGUGCCUUAUGAUGUGAGAAACUACUUCUGCUGAAACUUUCAUUUCUAAAGAACUGUAAAAGGCAUAGAAAUUGUCCCAUAUGCAAUGUGUCAGACAUGUGCAGACCCUUGGGUGAAAUCCCUUAGGAUACCAUAUCCUUUAUACCACACAUUUCCUCAUACAGUGGUACCUCGGGUUAAGUACUUAAUUCGUUCCGGAGGUCCGUUCUUAACCUGAAACUGUUCUUAACUUGAAGCACCACUUUAGCUAAUGGGGCCUCCUGCUGCCGCCGCGCCACCGGAGCACAAUUUCUGUUCUCAUCGUGGAGCAAAGUUCUUAACCUGAGGUACUAUUUCUGGGUUAGCGGAGUCUGUAACCUGAAGCAUAUGUAACCCGAGGUACCACUGUAUGUUCAUUGCCUCAUGAGUGAAAGAGAUCAGCUUUAUAAUUUUGUUUGUAAUGCAUGGGAACUUAAAUGGGCUCUUUAAGGUGACACAGUCUAUUCACAGACCAAGCAGUAGAGCAAGUGAGCAAGACUCUGAAAGUUGGCCCAUCUUUCUCCUUGGACAUGCAAUGGUUGCUUGAGCUCUUUGACCCAUAGUCCUAAAUUCAACCUAAGACUGGAGAAAACAUUUGCAAGCAGUGAUAAUCAGGUUUGCCAGGAGCAGUACUUUGGUCCCAAGCCAUUUAGGUCUUUAUAUGCUAGUACCAACUCCUUGAAUUUGGCUCUGUAUCUCACUGGCAGCCAGUGCAGUACUUUCAGAACCGGUGACACCAUUAGGCUUCCCCAUUAGCAGGUUAGCCACUUCACUCUACACUAGCUUCAGUUUCUAGACUGUCUUCAAGGACAACCCCACAUACAGUGCAUUACAGUAGCCCAGACAGGCCACCAAAGUAUGGACAACAUUUGCUACCUUUUUGUAGUAUUUGGGAAAGUCUCCUAAGAUUCUGAGAUACUGUUGGGAAACAUGCAGGCAAAACUUGUGGCUGUUUUGCAUGUGCAAGUGUCACAAAAUGUGUUUCUGUGUGUGCAAGUACCAUGCCCUGGUUCCUUGGACGCUGGUUUGUAAAUUGCAUGGUGGAGAAGUGAAAAAUCAGCAACCAAAAUCCCAAUGCCCCCUGUGUGCCUUCCUUGAAAGAGAAACUGUAGAACAGAUGGAAGGCAAAUAACAUGUGAUUGGGAGAGAGAAACCCAGACCUUGCUGCAGCGAUUCCAAAUGUGAAUUUAUAGAUUAGUAAUCGGCUAAUUUUAAAAUGACAGAUGCUGCUGCCUUUAGGGAGAGGCGAUGAAGGGUGUUUCCACACAUGUUAGCAACCUCAUAUGUAUAGUCUAUCUUCCUGUGCAGUUCACUUCCUUGAUUUGCAUUGACUAUUUGCAGGGCUAAGGGGAGCUUGGGCAGCAUAGUGGGGAUUUCCUUUUCAUGCAGUGAGGUGAAUCUCUUUAUUCUACGGAACGGCAUCAUUUGAAAGCACUGUUGGAGAAGCCCAUGGGAUAGGAGAGAGACAGAGAGAGAGAGAGAGAGAGAGACAGAGAGAGAUGAAUGUUGCAGUUAAUAAAUAAAUAAAUAUUUCCCAAGGACCAAAAUUUGAAAUCCCUUCCCAUAGCCCAAUCUGCUUUUUACCUGACUGCUGACUAUGUUGGCUGGGCUGAUGGAAGUUGGAGUUCAACAACAUGUGGAAGGUCACAGGUUAUCUGAUUUUGCUUUAGAACCACUACCAGUUGCUGCAUGUACUCAGUCUAGUCCAGAGGACAAAAGGACUUGCUGCACAGAUGUCUUACAUCACAUUGCAAAUCUCCUUGUCGCCCCCAGUAGCUGCCAAGAACAUAAUUUGUUGGGUUGGAGGCUCUCAUUAUAAUUGUGAGGCUUCAUAGCACACUACAAUAGCCUUCAUCAACCUGUUGCCCUCCAGGUGUUGUGGACUAUAACUCCCAUCAGCCCCAGCCAUUGUGGCCAUGCUAACUAUUACAACAUCAAAUGUGUGCUAGGCAUGAGAGAGAAUGACCCAGGGGCUUAGUGGAGACUGAGUCUUCCCAGUCUUAGUCCAAAACUCUAACCACUGCAUCACACUGGCUCUUGCUGUACAUACCAUCUCUAUAGUGUUUAUUACAAGCAUAGGCAAACUUGGCCCUCCAGAUGUUUUGGGACUACAAUUCCCAUCAUCCCUGACUACUGGUCCUGUUAGCUAGGGAUGGUGGGAGUUGUAGUCCCAAAACAUCUGGAGGGCUGAGUUUGCCUAUGACUGGUUUAUUAGCACUGUUGGAUUCUAGAACGAUGAGCUCCAACGCCAGCUGUUGCUCUUCUGGCCUUUUGCUAUAGCAACACAAAGUGGUUUCUAUUUUAUAUGCUGUGGCAUGUGCUUAUUCUGAAAAGGUGGAGUGAAAUGGCUUGGGAAGAAUCAUUUUGUCCACACAGUCUCUAGGUGGUAUUUUUUUUACAAAAUACAACAACAACCCACACAAUAAUUUUGUCAGUUUGCAAUGCUCAAUGGUGAUGUUUGGGAACUGGCCAGCUCAUGCCACCUUUCCAAAUUUCCUAAUAUAUAGCUUGUUCCUUUUACAUCUCAUUGUUUGGUCUGUGUGCAGUUUUAGAACCAGCCAUCUAAUAAUAAUGCUUUUUUGUAACAUCCAUUUUAGUACCAGCAUUUUAUUCAUACAGCCUGAGGGCUGUGAACUACUCAAAAGAUCCUCCCAGUGGAUAUUCAUCCGUGACAUAUCAGGCAAGAUGGAGAGAAAGAGUAGGAGGGUUGGGUGCAGUGUACUGUGAAAAUUGCUGUGGUGAUUGGAAUCAAUGACUGUGAGAAAUAUAUGUUUCCCCCUUGAAAAUGGUCCUUAAUGGGUGUUGAGUAGUUAAAAGAAAAGGUCUGACAAAAACAAAAAAAAGAUCCCAACUUUUAGUUAUGCAUUUAAAUGAAAGUAUUAUUGUCUUCCUUUCUGGCUCUUGAACUCUUCUGGAAUGUGCAAUUAACUUUUGAUGAAGUUUGUUUGAGUUGUACCAGAGAAGCUGUCAUGAUAUGUUGCAACGAAUUGUUUAUAUAAUAAACAGAACAGAGUUUAAUUCAGUGUUUUAUGAGACUAAAUCAACACAAUCACACAAUGACAAAUGCAGGAGGUCCAUAUAUCGUUGUACAGUCUGUCCAUAAACAUCUGGGUAUCUCAGCAUAUAAUAUAUACAUAUAGUACUGCUCAAACAGUAGCUCAGAUUUUAUGUGUAGCUUUUUAGCUCUCCAGCGUUGAUACCUACGCACACUAUGCCCGUCCCAAAUAAAUUCCUUCUCUUCCAUAAUUUUAUUUUCAAAUUCUAUAAUAUGAGUGUUUUCAUCCAUCUGCUUCUUCUUUUUCUAGUGUUGAUUUAGAUUGUUGAUUGAAUUAAUAGUGACCUUAGGGCUCUGAUGCUUUUCAUCUUUGUUUCGACAAACCUACCCAGAUAUGAAAAAUAUUGAUAUAUGUUUUAAUCUGCUUCUAGUGUAUUGCUGAUUUUUAAAACAUUUUAAAUAAUUGUUUUCUAUGGUUUUUAUUGAUAAUUUUAUUGUUUUAUUCUCUUUGAAAACUGCUUGGAGUAGGGGUUUUGUUGUUGUUUGUUUAGCAAACAAGUGGUGCAUAAAUUUUAUAAAAUAAAUAUAAUCUAGGCCCUAACAGAAAACCAUUAGCUGUUUUUACUAAGGAUAAGGAUCUUGGUAAACAGAAGAGCUUUCAAACUGAAGACAUUUUGUUCAUGGCUCUCAUCUUGUUUGCAAGUAACAAAAGAGGGAUAUUAUAUCCUGAAGCUAAACAAAUAAAUAAUCAAAUAAAUUUCAGAUUUCAGCUGUCGGUCAUUUAUUCUGCAACUAUGGCAAACAACAACAACAACAACAACCUGAUAUAAAAUGUAUUUUAUGUUCAAUAUUGUCCAUUUAUGACAAAGAUAUCAUACCUACCAUGAAGCAUUCUUGUUAAUAUAAAUGAGAGAUCCAAAGAAGGUACUUUAUACUCAAGAUACCACAUUAUGGCUGGGAUGCAGAACCUGUGGCCUUCCUGAUGUUUCUGGUCUUCAACUCUCGUCAUCUCUGACCAUUGGCCAUGCUGGUUUAGGGCUGUUGACAGUUGAGUUCAACAGCAUUUGAGAGCCACAGGCUCUCCAUCCCUGAUUUAUUCUUUCCUUUGAGUGAUCCCAGUAAGGUGAAAAAGUUAAAGGACUCCUGGACGGCUAAGUCCAGUCAAAGGCAACUGUGGGGUGUGGCACUCAUCUUGUUUUUCAGGCCGAGGUAGCUAGCAUUUGUCCACAGACAGCUCUCUGGGUCAUGUGGCCAGUAUGACUAAACUGCUUCUGGCACAGUGAGACACUGUGAUGAGUGCCAGAGUGCACGGAAACGCCGUUUGUCUUCCUGCCGCAGCCGUACUUAUCUACUUGCACUGGUGUACUUUCGAACUGCUAGGUUGGCAGAAGCUGGGACAGAACAACAGGCGCUUACCACCAUCAGGCAGAUUUGAACCGCUGACCUUCCGAUCAGCAAGCCCAAGAGGCUCAGUGGUUUAGACCACAGUGCCACCAGCAUUCUCACAUGUUUCCAUGUGCUGUUGUUUCUGUCACGGUGUUCCAUUGCACCAGAAGCGUUUUAGUCAUGCUGGCCACAUGACCUGGAAAGCUGUCUGUGGACAAACGCCAGCUCCCUCAUCCUGAAAAGCAAGAUGAGAGCAGCACUCCAUAUUCACCUUUGACUGGACUUAACCGUCCAUAGGUCCUUUACCUUUUUGCCGUGAUCCCAGUAGGAAUCUAAACAGAAGCAGCAUCUCUCUGUCAUCCAAGUCAAUCCCAGUAAUAGACAAACAUGCAGAGAUUGUCUCAUAUUCUCCGCUUUCAAAAAGCAAGUGAAUGGAAAUGAGACUUCCUUUGUUUGUUUGACCUGUGACUUCCUGAACUGGGUUUUCCUCUGACCUCUUCAUUUGGUCAGGUUCUUUGAUGGACAGCUACAACAUAUGGAUUACUGUAGGAGGCACUUCCACAAAGAGGCAGAUGGAGAGCCUUGCAGGAGGGGAAACAAAAGCUGUCAGUGGGAGAUGCAGGGGCUGUGUGUGCAAAGGUUCUGUGAAAUGGUCAUUGAUUGGGAAUCUUUCUAUUUUGCAGAUGGGCCUUGAGAUGGGCUUUAGAUCCUUUAGCUUGGUCAGUGUGUUGGUAGAAGGGAAAUAGCGAGGGGGGAGGAGGAGAGGGUUGAGGCAUGAAAUUUUAAUGAGCAGUUAAUUGAUAAUGUAUCCCAAGAGACUGGUGUGCUAGAAGGACAUCUGAUGGAAAGGAAUAAAUUGUGUUAGGCUCCCUGUGGCACAGAACUUCCUUCAUUUGGAGCCAAAGGGUUGGAGAGGAUACUGUAAAUGACUUUUGGAAUAAAGGUUGUUUUGCCGGCAUUUAUGUUCAAGAAUGGUGUAGGGCAUAAAGAGGUAAGAGAGUAAAACCAGCUUUUGUGUUUCAUACAUACUUAAAAAUAAAGGAAAAGAAACCACCCUGGUUAUCCUGCUUGUUCCAGUCAGUCAUAAAACUGAGGUGAUUCAGGACAGAUUAGGAGAACUGUCAGAACAGGAUGUAGAAUCAGAGCCACUACAGUUGUCUUCUGGAUUUGUGAUAGUUUUUAUAAUGUAUGACAACAGCCAAAAGUGACAAACAGAUUCCUUAUAAAGAUGGAAGCCAGGAAAUCCAGGCCAUGUAUUGUGGGAAAAUGUAUGAGCAAAGGAAGCUGUAUGACAAGUAAUCCUAAGUAGGCCCUAAAAUGUUCUUCCUACAAAUGACAUUUUUAACAUCCUUUUAAAUUGAUCCCUCACCUUGUAUAAACCAGUAACAAGUUGCUGUAUUCUUUGAAAUGUGAUGCAGAAACCUCUACAGGAACAGUUUACUACUGAAUCACUUGUAAUUAUGUGAUUAAAAGCGAUAAAGCAGGAAUCACAAAGUGUCUUCCUGGGGAUAUUAGCAACUGGCAUUUUUAUGUUCAUUCUGUAAAUUGUAAAUACACUUUAAAUGCUUAAUUGCUACCAAAAGUACUCUGAUACUCCUGAAAGGCUGAUUAAAAACAGUUCUCUGUUCUGGGAUAUUUCAUCUCUUUAAUUUUGCCAAGGAAAUAUUAUUUUCUCUCUCACUUCUUAUCUUCGCCUCUGUGCUUUUCAUUGGUGCUUUUUUCACUUUUAUAAAUGUUCUCUAGACUUCUUAGCUACUCCUUUUCUAUAAUUUUCAAGGUUGAACUUGAGCCAGUAUUUACUAUGUCUGCCCCACUGUGGUGAUAAUAAAGAACAGUAAUGCUCUCCCACAACUUUGGUAAUUAAAAAUCCCAAUGACCAUGUUCCCAAUAACCGUAGAUAGAAGAAUCAGCCUAUGUGUGAGCAAUCCCUUCCCUUCUUCCAGAGCAGAGAAAAAAACCAUAAGGCAAAGAAUUACAGGCAAAACAUCACUUAUGGUUUGUUUCUCUCCAAACAAACCACAAGAGGGAAGCCAAGAACAGCCCUUGGUUUCUGGUCAUGAUUUGUUUGGAAAGAAACAAACCAUGUGCUGGUUUAUAAUGCUAAGUCAGCUGCUCUGUAGUUUCUUUCUCCCAUCUAGGAAGGAAGUACGUAUAGAGUGAUUGAGCUGCAUAAACCAGCAUGCAGCUCUAAUUUUCCUAACCAUAGUUUAUGGCCUAUUAUGGCCUAUAUUAAUGGUGAUCAAAAUCACGCCUUUAUUUAGUUGGCUACUAUGUGACAAGUGAAAGCUCUGCAUAAAGAGAUAAUUAGGAAAUCAACUGGGCUUCCCAAUUUUACCAUCUGCAUUUUAAAAGCCACAUAUUCUUCCUGUUUGUUAAAAGCAUGAUAAUUGUGGCUAUUUUUGUACAUUGGUGCAGUUUAGUACUGUGUGAUUUUUCAUUGUGACUAUAAUUAGUACUUGGAUGAAGUUUACUUUUAGAUUCUCAUUUACAUAGCAGAGUAGUUAUUCACACAGAUACCGGAAAUGAAUUAAUUUAAAGCUAAAUAUAAACUGUGUGCCUUAAAGUGUGUGGAGAUGCAAUAUGUUAUAUACACAAAAGGAAAAAGGAUGGAGUACUCAGUCUGGGGAUGUCUGGACUCUCUAAACAGAAAAUAUUGGUGAUAAACAACACAUUCCAAUUUUGAGCUGUUCUUUGGUGACUUAGUGCCUCAGGGCAUACAGAUAGUGGGAAGGGUUAUAAAAUUGUAAUACAAAAAAUAUCUAAGUCUUAAAAUCAAAGUCAAGCAAUAGUAACUACAUAGUGUUUGAUCCCUUUGGGAAGAGACAUAGUUCAGUGGUAGAAAACAUGCUCUGUAUGCAAAUAAUCACAGGAACAUUGGGAGCUGCCUCAUACUGAGUCGGACCAUUGGUCUAUCUAGCUCAGUAUUGUCUGCACUCUCCAGAGUUUCAUACAUGGGAUCUUUCCUAGCCCUAGCUGGAGCUGCCAGGGAUUGAACCUGAGAAGCUCUGCAGAACAGAUCCUGUACCUGAGUCAGGUUCAACCACUAGCAUCUCCAGGUAAGACUGUGAAAGGUUCCUGCUGAAAACCUGGAGAGCUGCUGCCAGCCAGCAUGGGCAAAUGCUGAACUGAAUGGGCCAAUGGUGUGAUCUGAGAACAGAUUUAGGGGGUGCAUGAGGAGACGAGAGUGAGGGGAAGUUCCUUCUCACAGCCGAAAGUCCUUCUGCUAGUGGAUCUACGUAGCUGGAUACCACUCUUUCGUUUGUUCUUACCCCCCCCCCACUUAAAUUCACCCUCUGUUGACAUGAAUCAUUUUUGUCUACAGCAAGACGGGUAUCAACUUUCUACUGAUAGGAAACCUCACCCACAAAAUGUGACAUAACAAGGAUGCCUCAUGAUGUAUAUAUGACUAGGAACUACAGCUGGCAUGGCAUUGCUCUUUUGGGUCUCUUCCCACAAAACAUUUGAGUAGACAGCUUAAAAGUUAGUUGCCCUGGGCAUUUAGAGCAGGUUCAAACACUGACAACCGUAGCUAAUUAAUCACUAUUAGCAGAGAUGAGAAAGGCCUUUGCCUGAGAUCAGGGAGAUUUUCUGCCAGUAUAUCUGAUGGUAUUGCAAUAUAGAUCAGUGGUUGCGCUUUAUAACAUUGGCACCGCCAAACAGAUCUUUGGGUUUCUUAUUUGCCUUUUCGUUUAGUAAUUAUAACUUUCACUGUACAAAACAAGUGAUUCCAGAAGAAAAAAUUGAAAUGUGUACUUUGAGAUGUGUUAAUGAAGACAACCCCCCUCUUCCCACCCUAGCACACACACAUGGUAAGUGUGUGUGUAAAUAGCCCUGUCUAGAUAAAGAUAUUUUUACCGCUCAGUCUUGAUUCUAGAGAUUUUUAUUUUGGCAAUGCUUUUGACUGGCAAUACUUAAUCCUUCUUUAUCUGCCCUUUUCAAUCAGACAUUGAUGUAAGAUUGAAUUCUCAUCCUGGAGUAUUACAUACUAUUAAGCACUGCAAUAUGCAAUCUAAAUGCAAAGAAGCAUGUAAUAUGCAUCUUCACAAGGCAUAAAACAACACAGUGAAAUUUCUAUUCAGGGUUUGUUUGAUUCUGCAUCUGGCCUGUACCCAUCAUGCUUGCUUUUAGCAGCUUGCUGGCCUGCUGUGUGAAAUCGCUCUGUCUUUCUUUCUCCCUGACACUCUCUUGGGGUAGCCUGAAGGCAGCCACUUAACACAGUGAUAAUAAAAGGGGUCAAUGUACCUUGACUCUGAAAACUUGACUAAAAUGGCAUAUAGUAACAUGAAUAAUUAGAGUAUUUUAAAAAAUAUUUGACAUUUUGAAAUGGCAAAAGGGCAGUGUCAGGGCUUGAGACAUAGAAGAGAACCUGAGAAAACAGCACACUCACUACAUAAUAUUGUAGACUCAAAAUACGGAGGCAGACCUAUACUAGAGAUAGGGAAAGCUGGAUCUGAAGCAUAUUAACAGACCUCCUUUGACCUCCCCAGUUGUCCCAUCGGCACAGACUAUCCAUUUUGGCCUUACUCUUAUUUUUUGUGUGAAAUUUUUUUUUGUAUUUUUUUUGCAUUUUUUGGCCUGUGCUGAAUCACGAGAUGUGGAACUUUUGAAAGAGAUACCAUAACCAGGUAGCCUUUAAAUUGUGGUUUGUUAAACAAACAAUGAGUGCAAACAAGCAAGCAAAACAUGGCUUGAUUCCCCACACUUGGUUUUUAUUCCACUUGCUCUUACCUCAUGCACCUGUAACUUGAAAAACGUAUGAGGUAGGGUGGACAAACAAACCAUGCUUUGUAAGUAAGACUUAUGUGGUUUGGAUGUAAAACUACACCAUAGUUAAGACCAGCCAUGGUUUAUUAGCCAGCAGCAGCUCAUGGCUUCACACUGGUGGUUUGCUGCCAGAAAACAGACUAUGGCUAGUCUCUUGGAUUGAUUGUGGAUGUUCAAACAUGGUGUUAUCUGUGGAAAAUGCCAUUAUGUUUAUGCACUUCUUAAAACGGCUAUAUAUUUUCACCCUCAUUUGAAGCCAGCAUCUAGUGGAACUCCACUAUAACACCUGUUACCUGGAACCCACAUGCAAUUCUUUUUAUCUACAAAGCUAGCUUGGUGACAACAAAUAAAGUUCUUGUUACUGAUAAACCUGGGGGGGAAUUAGUCAUGCAUUUAAGAAAUCACAGUUAUAUCACUGUCAGCAUCUCUGUGCAUUUCUCUGUUAAACCCUUUCGUUUUUGCAUUAGUAAGAGUGUGGGUGGAAUCUCAGUCUCAGGGACAGAAAAGGUCGGGACAGCGUGGGCUGUGUUCUGAUCUGAUGUACAGCUGUGGGCAAACAGCACUGUGUGUGUCUCCUGACUGCAAACCACCCACUCGCACAAGUAUGGCAGCAAAUUGCUUCUAGGAAAACGGUGAGUUGCCCGCUCAUAAAAAGAUGUCAGUGGAGCUGUCAGGCACUGAGAUUUCUUACAUUUGGAGAGAUUGCAUUUGGAUCUUGUUUACUCUGUUAACAUGUCUGCAAAAAUAUGAAUGGCAUUGCCUGUAGGUUGACAGCUUCUGUCUUUCAUUUUUAUCAUACAGUGAAUACCAUUCAUUUUGAAACUGACUUGCCUUCUUAAUGUAGUUCCUAAUUCCCAUGCAGUAUAUCAAUUUCCAUGGUCUAUCUCCUUUGUUACUUAGCUUUUCACAAGACACCAUCAAGUUGACUCUUGAGAACUGUUUGAGGCUGCAAUCCACACACACCUUUACCGUGUGUGUGUCUCUGUGUGUGUGUGUGUGUGUGUGUGUGUGUGUGUGUUCUGCCAGCCAGCAUCAUCAGAGUGAUAGAAGUGUCACUCCAUUGGUGCAAAUUUCUCCGUUCUGCCCACUGAACAUGAGUGCUGGUAGACGAUCCGCCAGCACUAUCCCUUUCAGCAGAGCCCAGCAGGAAGCCCUGAAACAUGGUGUUCCAAAAGUGGGGCAGGGUUGAGCUGGCUUGAGAACCACUGCAUCCUAAGCCACUGUCACACCCUACCAGCGUUGAACCCCAUCUGGGCCUAGUUGCUGUGCCAGCCUGGAGCUUGUGCAGCGAUCAGGCCUAAUCUAUCUAUCUGCCCUGCACCUUCCACUCCUGCCACCAUGAAUGGCCAAGCUGCAGAUACAGCGGUGGCUUUACCGCUCCUCAGAACUUUGGCAACAGGGACUUUGGAUGGUUCUUUGAGUAUAUUACUAGCACCUGGCACCAUUUUCAAAGUAGCUUUGGAAAUUGAGAAAGUCAUUUAGAGUGGAAGACCAGGAGGAGGGCCAGGUAACCUUUCACUACCAGCUGUGUUUUUACUCCAAAUUGAAAAAGCCAUGUGGGGUUUUUCUUUGGGAAAACAGCUGGUGGGCAUAGGUUAUGAUUCCCUUUUUGCCACUUCUCUGCUCUAAUUUUCUCCCUCCGAAAGCUGAUUUGCUGGUCCCCAUUGAAUGCAUUAGCGUUAAUGUGCAAUUAGUCCUUUGGUCCUAUGUUGCUCUGUCAGUGAGCGCCAAACUUUAUAUUUUGCCAGGAAUUGAUCUCUCAACUUUUUUUUUUUAAUGCAGUCAGAGCUAGGAUUGUGGAGGGGUCACAAGGGGAUUGCCGAUUAGUUCAGAAAAUUUACUGUUCUCCCAAAUUUGUUUUGCAAAUAAUGACUCAUUUCAUACCUGUCCAACAGAAUGAAAUACUGGAUAACAUGUGUAUCAGGUGUUAGAAGCUAAGAGUAAUGGUCAUGAAGUUUUUAUUUUUGUUAUAUUUAUAUUUGGCGACAGCUGGGAAAACAUCUUUAGAACAUCCGUUGGGGAAUCACAAGCUAAAAAAAAUCACACCCCUCUUAAUCUCUAAUCUGACUGGUGAAAUUGGGACAAACAGAGAGGAUUUGCUGGUGGGUGAGUGCACGCGCGCAGUGUUGGAUUCCCAGAAUAAGAUGCUGAAUUUAGCAUAUCACUGAUUGAAGGAACAGAGAGAGAGAGAGAGAGAGAGAGAGAGAGAUGCCGGCUUCCAUAUGUAAAUUACCCGUGCAUUUUAGUGAUAGGCAUUAUAUGCAGGACAUGGCUUAAUCUGUAACAGAGCCUAACAGUACAUUUUGCAAACGGAACCAAGAGUAGAUCAUGGCUGAAAAAAAGCUGCAUGGAAAUAUAUUCAUAAGCCACACGCCAUAGAUAAGUGCUAUGAGCCUUUGUCUUGCCAUAUCUUCCUUGUAUGAGUUCUAUGAGUCUGAAAACUAGUAAGGUUGGCAAGUUUUGACUAGUGCUGUGCCAAAUUUUCAUGAAUUUUGAUUUUGGAUUAGAAGUGUUGGAAUUCAUUUCAUGCCCUGUCCCAACCACUUAUCUGUACCCAGCUGGAUUGGGAGACAGAACAUUAGCUCAGUUGCCUCUGUGUAUUUAACCUUCUCCCCAAUCCGUAACUUUUCAAAUAGUUUUUUAGACAUACUUUCCGCAAAGAAAAAUUGUUUAAAAGCAGAACACUCUUUGUAAGGGGGGGAAAGAAUGCACCCCCUUUUGUGGUGGUGGAGGUAUUCUAUGCUAGUUUGGCAUCAAAUGAGACUUGCACUCAUACACACAAAGUUUUGCUGGAUUGUGGUCAAAAUGUAUAUUAUUAAAAGAAAAGAUGCAGUUGUUGGUUGUGAUCUGCAGUCCUGCUUAUAUAGAGUACUGCCUCGGAUUACCUAGCUCAGAAGCCUAAGCUGUAAUGGAUGAGCUUGCUAUAGGAGCUCAUUGGCUUCCUCGAGCCUCUGGGUUCAGUUGUACAAAUCCCCUGACACAUGACAAGUUUGUGGCAGAUAAGGCCAUCAGUGACUACAAGUCAUGAUGCUUAUAUAGUACCUCCAACUGUCUUGAAAAUGCUGGGACUGUCAUGAAAAGCCAUCAUGGCUUCUCACUAUGUCAGGCAGCCUGGCCACUCUCAGGGGUGCAGCAGGACCUGGAGGGAGGAGAAGGGUGCCACUGUGCUCCUCAGCUCUCUCUGUCUGUACAACUCAACACACCUAACUAUGGUUAUGGUGGCGGCAGGAGCACACAGGGGCCCUUCGGUGGUCACAGCUGCUGACUAUAGAGACUACAUUACUGGCAUGGAAGUGCUGCCUUGUAAACAUCUGGUGUGGUUGCCUCCUCUGAUGCCCAAGGCAGGCUGAUGGAAGCCUCCCAGUUUUACCAAACAUCAUCUAAGACCCCUGCAUAUAACGAAGACAUUUGCUGGUACACUAUUGUUACAUACCACCCUGUUCCCGUAUUCCUUCGGCAAUGUGUGUUUUCAUGCAGAAAAGUGGUGGGAGGCACUAGCUGGGGAAUCCCUCAAGGGAAAAAUGCUCAGAGCCAGGGGAUUGGUGGUGGGACGGCAAUGCCUGGUCAGAGGGAGCAGACUGAGAGGAGGAGCUGUUAGACACCGAAGAGGCAACAGUGUUUAGUGAGCAGGAAGAGACUGGGGCAGAGAGCAGUCCAGACCCAGAGGCAGGAGAGGAGCGGGGCCAGGAGACAGGAUGAGGCAGGCUGCUGAAGAAUCCAAGGAGUCUCCCCCUCCUGCUGCAACCAGGUCUCUCUCCCCCCACCCCGUCUCCCAGAAUACACAGAGAAAUGAAGAGAGACAAUACAACAGAGCCUUAGGCUGCUAAGGAAGGAAGUGGGGGAGGGCCUAAAAUCUGUCACUGAUGUGUUAUGAGGGUGGAUUCUUCCAGUUGUGAGAUGGUCUUUAAACCAGGUGAUCUAAUGAGGCCUUAGAAACUUGAAUUCUUUCCAUAAUGAACUUGCAGGCUUUAGUGGUUUACAGUGGUGCCUCGCAAGACGAAAAGAAUCCGUUCUGGGAGUCUCUUCGUCUAGCGGUUUUUUCGUCUUGCGAAGCAAGCCCAUUGAUGGGAUUAGCGGAUUAGCGCUAUUAGCGCUAUUAGCGGCUUUUAGCGGCUUUUAGCAGCUUAUCAGCUUAUCGGAUAAGCAGAUAAGCGGCUUAGCGACUUAGAAAAAGAGGGGGAAAGGGAAAAAAAAAACCCAGGAACUCGCAAGACAUUUUCGUCUUGCGAAGCAAGCCCAUAGCAGAUUCGUUUUGCGAGGCACCUCCAAAACGGAAAACUCUUUCGUCUAGCGAGUUUUCCGUCUUGCGAGGCAUUCGUCUUGCGGGGCACCACUGUACAAGCAGAAUAAGAGGCAUGCUUGGGAAUGAUUUAAUGUGCUUAUAUAUUUGGCUAUAUUUUAUUGCUUGUUGAUGUUGAAGUCCAUAUUCCUCUCUGGUUAUGUUUGUAAGCAGCAAACAGUUGUUCAUUUAUUCUCCAGGAACUAGGCUUUUUCUUCACCUAGUCCAGCUAUUGUCUUCAAUUAAAAUACAACAGGGCCAUGAAUCAGCAAUCAUGGCUGUCAUCUUGCUUGUAAACUGCUGGUGCUACUUUUACUAUCCCAGGAAAACUGUGUUAUUCCCUUGCUAAAUUCCUCUUCUUUGGUACAUGGGAAGGACUGAGAAUGUAGACGUCAUUACCCAAAUUCAAUAAGGGCAUUUCUUGGUCCCUUCCCUGCAUAUUAUGGAGAGGUGGUGGGGAAUAAUUGUGAAUUAACCAAUGGGUCAUACUGCAGAAGCAAAGAGAAGAUCAUCUGCCAUUCUCUGCAGCUGUAGAAUAUAUUUUUCCCUGUUGUACAAGAUAAGCUCUGAUAUAUAUAAAAGAGCAUAUCAAGUGGCAGUCUGUUAAUUACUCAUCACCAUCUCCUUGGGCCAGUAUGUAUACAUCGUCAUCAAGGGUUUCCUCCAAUUUAGUCCAAACUAUUCAAUAUGUUCUUAAAACAUCCUUGACAAAAUUGCUGUUUAAAUGAACUAUUACCAGUGCAAUAAUGCCUUCAUGUUCUUAUAUUUGCUAUUUGCAUUGAUGAGCUGCAGCCAAAACUGCUGCUGCGUAUUUAUAUUUCAUGAAACUGGGGUUUCCUUGCCUUACCAAUAGUUUCCUCUUGCACCAUUGUCCAUGUGCAACAACUGUAAACUCUGACAAGGACACAGAGUAGAAAGACAAGUCUGGGGAUGCUUUCUCAUACAGCUUUGUUUUUAUUUUAGAUAUGAGCAAAUGUGUCUGCAUGUCUAAAUGGAAGCCAGAUAUUUAUAGCUCUAUUCAAGAUAAACUGUAAAUCAGGGAUGAGGCAAGCUCUGAUGAGUUAUUGUAGUAGUUUUGUGAAGCAGGUUUUUGGUGUUUUGAAACUGAGUGAUUUAUCCCCAUUUGUUUGCCUUUAAAUUCACAUUGCCAGAGCGACGGGUGUGCGUGUUAAGUCAAGACUUGUCAGAAUGUUUCUCAGCCUGAAAUUGUCAUGGGAUGUCUGUUUUGUAACCAUCUUGGUUAUUUCACUCAGUCAUUGUGCUAGAGAUUAGCAAUCUAGCACUGGAAGGUAAGUUUAAAGCGUAUGAAGUCUAGAAUCCCCCGCAUGUAAGCACUUGAUACUUAAUUUGAUAACAACACAAUGAAUUAUAUUAGCUGGUGAAAUGAUUUAUAAUUUAUAAUGUUCAUUAAGUAUGAUUGUAUUUACUUCAAAAGUAGAUCCAUAAUUGUGUAUAUGUUACCUUGAAUUUCCGAAAUUCAGUGAAUGUGUGAAUGUUGGCAAUGCCCAAUAGAAGACAGGACUGGUUGGCUAGAAUCCUGAACAGGAGCACUGCACACUGAAAUAGAUUGUUGCAUGUUGUUGUAAGUACGGUAAAUGUAAAGGGACCCCUGACCAUUAGGUCCAGGUUCGGAUGACUCUGGGGUUGCGGCACUCAUCUCGCUUUAUUGGUUGAGGGAGCCGGCGUACAGCUUCCGGGUCAUGUGGCCAGCAUGACUAAGCCGCUUCUGGCAAACCAGAGCAGUGCACGGAAACACCAUUUACAUUCCCGCUGGAGCGGUACCUAUUUAUCUACUUGCACUUUGAUGUGCUUUCAAACUGCUAGGUUGGCAGGAGCAGGGACCGAGCAAUGGGAGCUCACCCUGUCGCGGGGAUUCGAACCACCGACCUUCUGAUCAGCAAGCCCUAGACUCUGUGGUUUAACCCACAGCACCACCUGCACCCAUUUCCUCCCUUUGCUGCCUGCCACUGAACCCACCAAUUUACUAUUGUUGCAUCAGAGAGCCAUUGUCAGUCAGUGAACAAUGAUGAGCUAAAUAGACCAAAGCUCUAACUCAGUAUAAGGCAGCUUCCUAUAUUCCUCAUUUAGGGGAUUAGAUGAAUGUGGUGUUCCAGAAUAUCUAAUUGGUGCAGUGCACACACGUAGUGUGCUUCAGCUUGUUUUUUCUAGUUCUGUGAUCAUGCUUUGCAGGGGAUCAGCAAACAGCUUUUCUGCUUUGAGUAUAGGGGUAUAAAGAAUACUUGAGUAUAGGAUAAAGGAUGCCUGAGAUUUCCCAGGGCACCUACUCAAUUCCUGAGCAGAUCUUAUAGCAAUAAGGAAGAACAUGGCAAGCUGUCAGGCAGACAUAUCUUUAAUGACCAAGGGAAUAUUUUCCAGUUCUUUAUUAUUGUUUUUUUCCUUCAGUCUCUUAAAGCACUAUUGUUUGAGCAGAAGAUACUGCAUGCCUGAACCAUGUGUUGGAUCCUUCUUGAAAUUUGGCUCUCAGGAGACAAGAAGAAAGCAGGUUUUAACAUUUUUAAAAACCACCACCUGCAGCAUUCUGAAUCAUGUAGCAGCUGCACCCCUGCAAGAAUUUCUGAGCUAUUAUUUAAUAUCACUAGUUUCUUGCACAUUUUUCAUGAUUAUGGUAAUAGCAUUCCUCUCUUUUCUCAGAGGUACUGGGAAGUUCAAUAUGCUAACACCAGAGUGAUGGUGGCUGGGCAUCUUAGUCUUUCAGAAUAAGACUUCAGUAGAACAGAUGCAGUCUGUGUCUUACAAACUGGUCUGUGCUGUUCUAACCUAGUCUCUUUCCCAUUGACAAAAGCGGUGUUAUUUUCAUGAAUUUAAAAAAGCACUAAGUUCUGUAUCAUUGUGUGUGUACACAGAAGUCACUUCCAAGAUCUAAGUGGACAAUGGCUGAUUUCCGCCAGUCAGAGGCGUGGGAAGGUCAGGUGGUACCUGGUGUGGAAAAUUUCUUGUCACCCCCCAAAAAAAAUUGAUUUUUUUUUUUUUAAAUUGCCUUACGUUAUUUCAUAUUUUCUUACAAAGGAAUGCGGAUUCUGGGCCUCUGAUAAUAAGUAGGCGACUAUGGACGUAUACUUAAAUCUACAGGAUGGAUUGUGUUUUGACUUGUGUUAUUUUAUUUAUAUUUAUUGUUUAUUUAUUUAAUAAAAUUUAUUUUUUAAAACCUGCAAAGUGGUUUACCAAAACAAAAAAAACCACAGCAGUAAAAUCAAGAAAAAUCGGCUGUGUUCAGGGGGCGGGGUGAAGGCAAGGCAAGACCUAAUCUACUCAGCCUAGUCUCAUUUUCUUCACAUAGGCCGACUUUCCAGGACCCGGGAAGCCCAGUGGAGGGUAGGGCAGCAGGGUGGUUCAUAAAAAACUUUUUUUAAAAAUGCCUGCUCCAAAGGUCUUAUCUAACUAAACUGGGGAUUAUAUAGCUAUAUCUGAAAUUUCAUGCAUAUCAGUUAAUAUCUUGACCUUCUCCACUGAAUUGAAAAUUCAGCCUUCACGACAUAGGAAAAUGGCCAAGUAAACAGCUAUUUUCAUGGAGGAGGAUCAAGAUAUUAACUGAUAUGCAUGAAAUUUCAUAUAUAGCUAUAUAAUCCCUAGUGUAGUAAGAUAAGACCUUCGGAGCAGGUAUUUUAAAAAAAGUUUGGUUUUUUUGAACCACCCUAGUAGGGCACUAAUUGUUCCUUGAUAAUUUGUCACACACACCCCUCCAUGAUGGCACCUGGGGCAGCCCCCCCCCUUUCCUACACCCCUGCCACCAGUGAGAUAAGACAGAACAUACAAACAAAACUUCUACACAAGUUGAAGGUUAAGCAGAAGAAAAGUGAUGCUGUGUCUCUUUCUGAACACUCCCCAUUCCCUCCCCUACUCUAGGCAAUCCUUUUCACCUUUCCUAUCUCAGGCUAUCUGGAAAGUUGAGUUAAAAAGUGGAAAGCUUCCUUACCAAGAGAAGUUGCAUCUGAGCAUCAUUUUCUCAGUAAAUACAGAAGUGACAAUUGACCUGGUAGCAUAUGCUGUUGCAGAAUACUGAAGUCAGUACUAUUGUUAAUAAUUACAGUAUACUGUCAACCAGCUCAAGGGUACAGGACACAAUUGGUAGGAGGUGCAUGCUUUUCACUGUGUGUGUAAGACUGUGGGGUGGGAGUGGGUAUAUGUGUGGGUGUGUAUAUGUAUAUGUGUAUGUGUAUGUAUGGGUGGGGGUGGGGGUGGGGGUGUGUCUACAAAGUCAGCCCUCUUUAUCACUCCCUCUAAUAGCAAUGCAGUCACCACUGGGGUUUGUUGACAGGACUAGAACUGAAACAGGAACAAAAGGAAGAUAGCAACAUGUUUGGGGGGAAAGAUUUGUAGAAGUACAAAAAGUAUAUUUAUGUUGGUUUGUUAAAGGGCUGAGCAUUCUCAGAAGCCACAGAAUAUUGAGUGUUAGUUGCAAAGAGGAAAGAGAAAAAUAUGUGUGCCUGAACGCAAGUCAAGUAACUUAACAAACCUCACUAGAGCUAUUCUUGAGUAACAAAUCUUAAGAAUCUGGGGGCAUAAACUACAUUUACAAUUCUGAAUUUUAACAUUUGAUUUAUUUAUUUUUUCCUCUACAGCCUUUCUCAACCUGUGGGUCCCAAUGUGUUGUUGAACUACAACUCCCAUCACCCCUAGCUAGCAAGGCCAGAGUUCAGGAGUGAUGGGAGUUGUAGUCUAACAACAUCUGGGGACCCACAAGUUGAGAACCGUUGCCUAAAAUAAGGUGUCAUGUAGAGCUAGUGUGUGUAUUUACCCAGUCUAUUAGAACUGAGUAGAAAAGGUCAGGGGGAAAGUGGCUUAAUCCUUUGUGUGACCCUCUUCUUAGUUACCAGGGUACAAAAGGCUAAAUGAAAUGUGGAAUUUGCUUGCCUUUUGCAGUCUUCCUCUAAAUAUUUUUUUAAGAAAGAUGAAUACAGUAUGUAUGAAUCUUAGUUGCAUGUCAUUAAAUCAUUUUCUUUUCUUUUUACAGUAAAUCAUAUUAUCCUGCUGCACUACGGUAG